CCGAGCGCGCCGGGGAGGCGCUGAAGAUUUGGAGCGAGGGCGCCGCCGCCGCCGCCGCCGCCUCACCAGGCCAGGUGGACGCCUAUGAGGGAGAAGCGCCACCGUCCCUGGAAUCGGCGUUGCCUUCGGAGCAGAUGGACCCCCAGCUGCAGGAGGUGAGAGCGCGGCGAGGACGAGCCCGAGGGCACAGUCCCGCCCCCUCCAAGCUGCUAGUCCCUCGACACUAGGUCUCCUCUUCUUCCCUUGCCUUUGCUCCCCUCGCCUUCCUUCAAGCGCGGCGGCGGGCGCACGGAAUCCCUUUCCACCCGGCCAGCAGCUGGCCGGCCAAAGAGGAGGGGUCGCCCCCGGUCCCCAGGCGCCCCUGCUAGGCUCGGCUGGGCUGCCGUCAAACGGCUGAGCGAGACUGCCCGGGCGGGGGGUGGGUGUGUCGGGUCUCGUUUGGAUCCAAGGGCCUCUGGCGGAGGGUCGAGGCUGAGGCCAAGGGCUUCUCCCCCUUUAGAUCCAAGGAGCAGAGGGGGGCUUCUCUGCCCAUGAAAGGUAAAGGAGGGGCACCAUCCUCACACUUAACCCUGGCAUUGGGAAGAAGAGGGAGGGGGAAAGCUGCAGGGUCUCCAGCGGAAAACAGAACCGGGUCCGAUGGGGACCUUUUGGGAGCAAGGGGUGAUGAUCCGUUUGCUAGACCGGGGCUAUGCUUGUCAAGCUUCGCUGGGGCAGGAGUUUCCUUCUGGGAGGGGAGGCGGGCGUGAGACAGUCUGGUUGCUGUGGGUGACCCUUAAAACUGGCCCCGAGAAUCUCCCACCCUUCAGCCGGUCUGUACAGUCUGUUGGUGUCCAAGCCUCUCUCCAGUGAUGACAAAGGAGGCUUUGAACCUUGACUUGUUGGGAUCCAGGGGGCAGAUUUGGCACAUCUGAUUUCCUCCUUUGCUUCUGCGAGGAUGGGUGCAUCCUCCUGUGUGAAUGAGUAAUAUACCCCAACAGACGCAUUAAACCCAGAACUCGUUCUGAAAUGGAUGAGCCAUUUGGGGAUUUUAUGUCUGUCUGUGUUACUAAUUCACACGCUGGAUUUUUGCUAUGCUCAUGUAGCAUCUACUCCUCUGUUUCUCUGGGGAGAGGAGAUGACAGGGUGCUCCCUUGAUUGAAAGUGGCACUCAGCUGCUGCUGUGUCUGGUUUUUUGUUUGUUUUUUUAAGUGAAAACAGUCACCUUACCCUCCUCCAAAUGAGCAAAUUCGGGCUCUGUGCCCAAGGAAUUCCCGUCAAUACAGUUGAAGAGGGCUGGGGUGUGUGCGCAUGCGCAUGUGCACAUGCAUAUUUCCACAUGUCCUUAUUCAGGAUGCUGGACACAGGCAGCAGAAGAAAAAAAUACUGGGGAGAGGAGGGGGAAAGUGAGGGCAAAGCGGGGGGGGGGGAUUAGUCACGAAUAGUCUUGCCUGUUGAUUCCUGAAAAAGAAAUAACUGUACAUUUCACAUUAACCAUCUCCAAUAUUUCCUCCGAAGUCAGUCUUGCUGACUUUGAUGGAGUAAACUUUCAAGUUGUAGGAAUCCAUACUUAUUUCAUGUGCCAGUUUGUUAUUCAAUUAUAAUUUAUACAGUACUGUAUGUGAAAGGACCUUUUCUUUAAGUAACCACCAGGGGUCCAGCAACAGUGUGAUGGAUGAGGGGGGUGAAGCAAUUUGCCUGGAAAACACUUGCUGCCUCACUUGGCCUCUACUAUUGCCUAUGUGUAUUUGGGCUUGGUCUUUGUAACCCAGAACACUUACUCCAAGCGCCAUUGGUGGCUGCUGCUAAGUCUCCUUCAUACCAGGGGCAACUUGGCCUGUUGCAGCCUGCCUUCAGGAGAUGGAGCCCAAAGCCCUAGUUUCCCCCAGACCAUUGUAACCUGUAUACCCCUCUCUUCCCAAGAGCUACAGCUGUACAGACAUCUGACAGGUGUCUUAUUAAUGCAGCAAUUGGCUCCUGCUGUGCAAGCAAGAGUGCCUUCUUACUCUGGCCUAGAAGUGCCGAAGAAAACUAAGGGCUGAAAGUGGCCUUGAUGUGAGCAGUGAUGCUGCGUGCUGCACGGUCUGCUUGUCGCUGCCCUUUUCUGAAGCAGCACCAGAUGACUGAGCAGUAAAUGGCUAGCCAUGGCAGUCCUAAUUCUGUUUUCCGGGACCAUAGUGCGGAAGAGUUGUGUGGGAGCACAGCUAAGCUGUGGCUUGGACUGGGGGGUUGAUGGUCUUUGGGCCACUUUGGCCUUUGGCUUUCCCCUUGACUGAUGCUAGAGGUUUUCCCACCCUCUGUUAGUUUCUGGGCCAUUAAGCUCAGUGUCUGAGCUGCCCAGGCACUAAGGGAGCAGGAGCAGAUAAUGGGUUUAAGGGGCUCCAUCUUGCCCCCACCCUCUCUUUGUGUUCUUUAUCUGAACAGAUGUUUUUAUGGAUUCCACCCUCCUCUCCCCUCUUCACACAGCAGGCCGUGUCUGCUGUUCCCUCCCCCAAUUCUCCUUGCACAGAAUGUGGCCGGGAGCUGCUGUUGCACCCUUUAACUGAUUAACCUAAUGCUGCGCAGAGCGUCUGGUGCCUGGCUGUAAUUGUAGGGAGCCCCAUUAGCUCGCAAAGGAGCAUCUUGCCCCCUCAACCCUCUGCGCCCCAGCCAGUAUGGAAAGGACUUGAAAUGCAGGCAGAACAAAGUAUCAGUCCUCCUUUUACAUCCAUGACAGUUCUUUGCAGCCCUUCACACGCGCUCUCUCUCUCUCUCUCUCUCUCUCUCUCUCACACACACACACACACACACACUGCUCAGUAGAAGCAUGGCUCUAUAGGGCAGACCCUGCAGGGACCAGGACUUUUCUCAGUAGUCUCCAAGGAUAGUUGCAGGUACCUCCAGUGGGUAGUCAAGUAACCAAAAAGGAUCUGCACAGGAAGAUAGAAAUCUGUCUUAUUCUGAGUCAGACCAUUGGUCCAUCCAGCUCAGCAAUGUCUCCAAUGACUAGCAAUGGGUCUCCAGGAUUUCAGAUGGGAGGACAUUGCCAGUCCUCCCUGGUGAACUGGGAUCUUCUACAUGCAAAGCAGCAUAUAGCUGCCCUUGGCUGGAAUGCCUAAGUUUGUGAUACUUUUUUAAAAAAAAAUUACUGAAGGGCACUCUAGACCUGGUUAGAGGCACUUUCCAUAUUAUUUAUUUAUGCAUCUAUUUUUACAUUAUCCAAGAGCUACGCUUGUUACUGGAACAGAUUCUGGCAGCCCAGCACAAAUGCAAGACACUACAACCAACAGGCUAGGUUUGCUCCUUUGCUUUUAAAUUAUAUCCUACUUUUCUGUUGAACAACUUUCCCUGCAUGUCUGUGGUCAGGAAGUGGGUGACACAGAGGAUGUGAUUCUCUGUCUUGUCUGCCUUUGGGGACUGUGGCUCUUUGGGAUGAGCAGGGAGGUCUGGGUCAAGCUCUGAGAAGCUGCUUCUCUUUCGACAUCCAUUUCUGGUUUGAGCGGCUCAUCUAAAGCUGUGAGUAAAAUCAAACCUAAAUACAGCCAUCUGCAAUUUUUAAAAUAUAACUAAACAGAAGGGGGGGAGAAGAGCAGAAACAGAAACGAGGCAUAGCAGACUAAACAACAACAACCCUCUUCUGAAGUCUUCUAAAACCUAAGAGUUUUCUCCUCCCACAGUGAUGGAAGGUCAGGAAGGAGGUGGGCAUCUACCCCUGCCCCCCUCCACUGGGGAAGAGGGCUCCCAAGGCCUGUUGGGUGUGCAGUGGCUGAAAAGGUGUCAUGUUAUCUACCUAACCUUCAAAGAUGCCCCUCAGCAGUGAGAGCAGAUAGGCUUAUAUGGAGGAAGAUUAGAGAGGGAUACAAAUCCCAAAGCAAAUGCUUUAUUUGGUGGGGGAGUGGGGGGAAGAGGAGGAGAGCAUGUACAAAGUCAAGACUGAGAAAAGCAUACGGGUGGAUGGAUGGAGGCUGAGAUGAGGAAGCCGACUGUGGCAGGAGGGACAGAGUGUGAACUGAGGGGGACGUGUGGGCAUAGGACUGCGCAUAUUUGCUUGCCCUCUUGCCCAGCUGGCUGCCACUUCUGUGCUUGGCAUGAUUUGCUGGCUGGAUAACUUGGCUUCAAGCAGUAGCUCCGUGCUGUGUCUUGAGUAUAUGAAACAAAACCAAACCACACAGCAACACUCAGAAUGGGCUCAAUGGCUUGAAGGGCAUCUCCUGUGGUGUUGUGGAAGUCCUGGGUGGCACAGAGCCCAUUGUGCCUUUUAGUGCCUCUGCAUGUACGGUGGGCAGGCUGCUCUGCUCUCUGGGGAAGCUUGCCAGCAGGUGCAGGCACUUCCCUUUGCAGGCAGAAAACCAGAGCAAACGGUUGAAUGGUUGCUUUGCUCUCCCUUCCCCCUCCCAUCUCAGAGAAGCCAAAUCUUCCACAGUGGCCUAGUCACCCUGGCCUGCUUCUUCCCUGGACAUGUAACCAGAAGCAGCUCAGCAGAGGAGAGGUAGAGGUGGAAUGAGGGGAGGAAGAUGACUGCAGCUCUGUGCCAGGAGGAAAGUGGCUUGCAAUCGCAAUGAAAACUCCUGCACAGCUGGAUGUUUGUGAGAGAAAGAACUGGGUGGUCGGGGAGAGAAAAUGGUGACAAGGGGUGUCUAAAGGGAGUUGUGACUAUGACAGUGUUUUCCCUGUAUAUCUGUGGGCAGGAAGUGGACGGCCACAGAGGAUGUGGUCCUUGUGUUUGUCUGCCUCUUGCUCUCUGCCUUUUUUGUGCCAGGGCUUUUUUGGGAUGAAUGGCGGGGAGGCCUGGGUCAAGCUCUGAGAAGUUUCUCCUCUGCUCUCAUCAUCCAUUUCUGGUCUGGAUGGUUUGUCUGCAUGUUCCAAAACUUUGUGCCUCGCUUAGCUCUCUGAUGAGUUAGGUGGCUGCAUUUUUCCUUACGCCAUCAUCUUCCCAAGUGACUUUUCUUUGGUUGAGAAGAUGGUGGAGCCACAGACCAUGGAACAACCUAUGUCUAAAACCCCUUUGUUGACUCUUUUGCCUCCUGAACAAGUAGCUUGCCACCAUAGAAGGGAAUAAAGCAUGUUCAGCAUAAGUGAAGGUUGGGUUAUUGUAUAGCAUGUUUGGCCAGGGAGAUGGUUGCCUCACUGCUCUCUUCCUGAGAGACAGGGGUGAUUGAUGGUGUGUGUGUUAGGGGUAGGAGAUGUAGUGCCCUCCAGAUGUUUUGGUCUAUGACUCUCAUCAGCUUCAGCCAGCAUGGUCAAGGAUGAUUAGAGUUGUAGUCUAGCAACAUUUUGAGGGCACCACACGACCCCGCUGAAAUCAGGAGGCGAGCGUGGCACUGACUGUCUUUAUCUUACUGCCCAUUUUUUGAUGUAAGAGUGCUGAACCAGAUGUUGGUUUGAUCUCACAAGACUAAUUAUUAUUUGUUCGUUUAUUACAACCCAGUCCUUUCUUCCGGAGAGUAUAGGGUUUUCCGUUUUAUACUAAAAACAACCCUGGAAGGUAAACUAGACUAAGAGAGAGAGAGAGAGAGAAAUAGGCCCAAGGUCACCCAGUGCAAUUCAUGGCUGAGAACCUCCUUGGUCUUAGCCAGCACUAACCAGUAUAUCUCACUAGAAUUAAAUUCUUAUGUUCAAGACACACACCUUUUUGGAUAUAUGGCAGGGAAGAUAACAUGGGUCAGAAACAAAAGCCUCAGGAGUAGUGAUCAAAGAGGUUCCUUAUGGGCACUUGAAGGAUAUUAAAUGUGAUAUGGAGGCAUACAGUGUGAUUGGCUGAGCAAUUGCACUUGCAUUCAGAAGUUGGUGUACAAUCUAAGGGACAAUCUAAGGCUGAGUGCUAUUGCGCUCAGGUCCUGCUUUCAGGCUUCCCAUGGGCAUCUAGCUGGCCGCUGUAUAUGCAGGAUAUAUGCAGGAUAUAUGGAGUAGAUAGGCCAGAUAUAUGGAGUAGAUAGGCCAGAAGAUCCUGCAAGGAUCUUCUUAUGUUCUUAUUUCACAUGUGUGUAUUUUUCACUUGUGUGCCACAUCAAUAUUUUCCUGUGUAAAAUGCCCAUUGUGGUUCAUAUUGCCAGACACCAGCUCAAUACACAAAUUUGGUGGCAAGUUAAUGAGUGUUGAGUAUUUGGCUGGGGAGAGGACAGAGAAGUGAAUCAGCUCCUAAGAAUUUCUAACUCCUUCCCCACCCCCUUUUAAAGAUACCAAUGUGUCAUUCAUUGUAAGGCUACUUAACCACUCUGAAAAAUUAAGUUUCCAAUUAUAUAAGAAAUAUCACUUCAAGAACACAGGGUAGGUGUUUGGGAAUGCUUUAUUAUUAUUAUUGAAGUAAGGUGUUGUUGCAUUGCAUUGCUUUCUGUGCCACCUCUGUCUAUUAGCACUCGGGUUAAUUGCAACGUGAGGUAGUACAGUUAGUUAUUACACUGUGAAUCCAACAGCGUCACAUCACAUUAGCAAUAAACAAUUAGCAAAUAUAGUGGACCACAGUUUUUGUUAGGAAGAAACAACUGGCAGCCCAGCAACUCAGGCUGGCCUCCAUAGCAUCCCCCAUGGCCUCCGAUCCCUGGGAUGUGCUCCCAUUAUUAUGCACCUUCUGAGCCCCUCUUUCUGAGGCAAACCAACUGGAGUCUUGUCCAAAACUUGCGUCUUCUCACCUUCAGAGGCUCUUCCAGAGUUUGUGCAAACACAACUGAGAUGCUGAGUUGCAAGAGAAUUUUAGUAGAGUUUCUGUGGCUGUUCAUGACAAAGAGAGGGAUAUAAAUAAUGAGCCCUUUGCUAGUGACUUGGACCAAGAUGCUAACGUUCAUCAGGAGGAGACACGAUAAGAUCAUAAAGAAAGAAAGGGAGGGAGGGAAUCAAAUUGGCUCCAAGCCAAAGGCCAGGCGGAACAACUCUGUCUUACAGGCCCUGCGGAAAGAAAUCAGAUCCUGCAGGGCCCUGGUCUCAUGAGGCAGAGCGUUCCACCAGGCUGGAGCCAGAGUUGAAAAGGCCCUGGCUCUGGUUGAAGCCAAUCUAACUUCCUUAGGCCCCGGGACCACUAGGGUGUUGCUAUUUAUGGACCUUGAGGCUCUCCGUGGGGCAUACCGGGAGAGGCGGUCCCGUAGGUACGAGGGUCCUAGGCCGUGAAGGGCUUUAAAGGUCAAAAGCAGCACCUUAAAUCUGACCCAGUACUCUACUAGGAGCCAGUGCAGUUUGAAAAGCACUGGGUGAAUAUGCUCCCAUGGCAGAGACCCCGUGAGGAGCCUUGCUGCAGCAUUCUGCACCCUCUGGAGUUUCUGGGUCAGCUUCAAGGGCAGCCCCGUGUAGAGCGAAUUACAGUAGUCAAGCCUGGAGAUGACCGUCGCAUGGAUCACUGUGGCCAGGUCGGGGCGGGAAAGGUAAGGGACCAACUGCUUGAUGCGGCGAAGGUGGAAAAAUGUCGCCUUGGCUGUUGCUGUAACUUGCGCCUCCAUGGAAAGGGAGGCGUCAAGGAUUACACCCAAACUCUUAAAGGAAGGCAAUGGCACUAAUUGGGGCCCCGCAAGAGAAGGGAGUUGGUCCCUCAUCCCCAUGCCAUCCCGACCCAGCCAUAGGACCUCUGUCUUCGAAGGAUUUAGUUUCAAUCGGCUCCCACGAAACCAUCCAGCCACAGCUUCCAAGCAUCUGGUCAGUGUGUUCGGGGCCGAGUCGGUGUGGCCAUCCAUCAGCAGAUAGAGCUGAGUGUCAUCAGCAUAUUGGUGACAGCCCAGCCCAAAGCUCCGGAUAAUUCCCAGGGGAACUGAAGUUUUCUUUAAGAGUGGACACACUACUGCUUCCUUCAUUUCCCCUGGGAAUGUCCCCGUGUCAAGGGACAAAUUGAUUAUUUCAAGCAGGGGGGUCCGCGAAACAUCUGGACACUCCCUAAUCAGCCAAGAUGGGCACGGAUCAAGGAGGCAGGUGGUGGGCCUACCAACUUGGAGGAAUCUAUCCACAUCAGCAGGGAGUAUCUGAUCAAAAUGGUCCAGCACUGGACCUGAAGUCAGUCGAGGGGCCUGCAGUUCAGUCACUGUAUCUAAAUUGGCAGGGAGGUCAUGGCGGAGCAACAGGACUUUCACCGCAAAAAAAGCUCGCGAAUGCCUCACAGCUGUGGGUCGAAUUUGUGCUUAAAUUUGGUUGUCCUCCUAAGGACGUUAUUGACCUAAUUAUUCUAAAAAGUUGUGCCGGGCGAGAGCUAGCGGAUACAAUGGAAGCUGCAAAGUAAGAUUUCUUAGCAGCUUUCAUAGCCCUCUCAUAGGCUUUCAUAAGCGUCCUAUAAGAUGUUCUUGAGGCUCCGUCACGAGUCCGUCGCCAUACUUGCUCUACCCGUCUGAGAUCCCGCUUCAUUUUCCGGAGCUCCUCAGUAAACCAAGGGGCCCGGUUUCGAUGGGGUCGCAGAGGGCGCUUAGGCGCGAUCUCAUCAAUGGCUGCCAAGAGCCGGUUAUUCCAGUCCUCAACAAGGUCAUCUAAUGAGUCGCCAGGAGGAGCAGGGUCCCGCAAGGCUUGUCGGAAUCUAUCAGGAUCCAUCUGUUUUCGCGGACGAGCCCAAGUAGGUUCGCCACCCGAGCAGAUGUAGAGCUUGCUUGCUGGAUCAGGCCAAUGGCCCAUCUCAUAGUGGCUAACCAGGCUGCCUGAGAGCUUUACCAGAGCCUGCUCACCCUGGCAAGGAGAGGGUUAAUAAACCUUUGUCUGUGUUUUGACAUGUAAGUGGACCCCUGUUUAAAAAAGCAAUAGCUGAUCAUGAAUCUAGGUUCCUUGGUUUGUUCCUAUCCCCUACCUAAUCACCCCCACACCGAUGUACAUCUGGAUUUUUUUAAACCUUGGAGGCUGGGAUGGGUAGGUUUGUGUCCAACAUCUACUGCUUUCAUUUCCUUUGGAUUUCUCUUUCCCCAUCAUAGAGAGCUCCAGUGCUUGAAUUUUGCCAAGGUCAUUCUUGAAUUUCAUUUGUGUCCUCUUCCAGCAUUUGCGAUUCCCUGGGGGACACGAGGGGGAAUGAACCUUGCAUCUAUUCUUAGGCAAGGGAGAAAGGAGGAUCCAACAAAUCAUGAACCUGUUAGCUUGACUUUGGUCCCAGCCUUUUUUGCUAGAACGAAUCGUAAAACCAUCCGUCUUGAGGACGGAGCUGAUGUCACCCUGGAGGGGUAGCGUUGUGGUGUUUAAAACAACAGCAGCCAGCACAGCUCUGACGAGGAUGCUUCGUGCCAACCGGCCAACGGGCGUGCGCUCCCUCCUCUUUCGAAAAUGUGACUGGCCUGAUCUAUGCGAGGAGAUGGGGGAGGGAUGCAGUUUGCAAAUGCACCUUGUCUUUCAGUAAAGCACUUUGGCACAGCUCCAUACAAUGUGCUCAUGCAGAAGCUCAGAAGUGUGUGGCUGCCUCGCAGCAGCUCCACCAAGCCCACGUUUACCUAUAAACGAGCUCCCUGCUAGUGCUUAUCAUUCUAAUAGCUUCCUAUAAAAAUAACAGCUGGAACAUUCACCCAGAUCUUAUUUUGUUGUGCCCAGAGCAUCCAAGCUUGUGAUAGUGCUCAGCUCAGAUGCUGAAUGCAGAUGUGUCUCUGCUCAGAUCUUCCUAGUAUGGCACAAGAGAGAGAAAGAGAGAGGACUCUUGGAAUGAGGAACGUCCCAUAAGAUCAAAGUCAAAAUGCUACUCUUUGAUUGUAACAGAAAUGGAGGAAAGUGUGUAGUGCAUGACUGGUUCAUAGUCACAAAGAAAGAGAGUGGAACGGAGCCCUCGCCAUUUUUAACCAGACAUGUGGAUUCAUCGAAAGCUCCUUUGACAUGCCAGUGUUGUAAAGUAGGUGUUCAGCCUCUUCAUCAGAAGGCGAAGGCUCCAGAAACACAAACAAUAUAAUAUUAAAUAAUAAAAGUCCAGAGAGCUGUAUUUUGAGAAUUUGAUAGUUUUCCAUAGAAACGCAUGUCAUUUUUGGAUCCAGAUAUCUGGUUGCACUUCAACCAGUGCAAUGCCAGUGACACACACUGUUCUGCUUUUUCUUAUUUUGCCCCACUCUUCUAUUCUACUAGCUGUUUGUAUGGCUGAGAAAGGUUCAGAUACAAUUCUUUUUGGCAAGCGUGGAAAAAAGAAGCAGCAGCAGCUUAAGCUGAACAAAAUUGGAAUAAAAGACCUAUAAGUCUGAAGUGGACAAAAAUAAUUCUGUCACAUCUGCAAUGGGAUCUGAGUAUGACCCAAAUCUGAGAAACAUUCAUUUAAAAAAGGGGGGAAAGGAGGGGUUACUGAACAGACUAUUGAUUAAACUGCUGGCCUUCUUUCACUUGUGUGUUAACAAAGGAAAUCAGUAGUGAAUAGAUGUUUUAAGAAAUAUAAAGCUAGGAAGCCAUGUAGUUCUAAUACUCUAUUGGCUUUGAAGCAAAAAAGCAGCUGUUAAACAUUUCCGGCGUUCAGAAUUUAUUUUUAUUUUUUAUUUUAACCCUCAUCCUUCAGACAUGGCCAGGUGAGCUGGUUAGCACAAAACUCUGAUGUUGGCAAUGUGUUCAAUGGAUUGCCCAAAGACAUGAAUGCACCUGCCGCAGAUCAGCAGAUGCAGCAGCCUUCCCCAACUCAGGCAAUGCCUUAUGGUGACUUGCUAUGCACAGUUCUAGGAAAAGGCUGUGGCAGAUGGCGCCAUUGACUCCAGCACCAACCCUGUCGGGUAGCCUGGAAGCAGCAGAGUGUCAUGUCCUACUUCUCUCUCUGUUGGCCACCACCCACAUAUGCAACAUUUAUUCUAUUCUAUUCUAUUCUAUUCUAUUCUAUUCUAUUCUAUUCUAUUUAUUACAUUUAUAUACCACCUUUAUCUUCCAAGGAGCUGAAGGUGGUGUACAUGGUUCUCCUCCUCCCCCAUUUCACCCUCACAACAACCCUGUGAGGAGGGUUAGGCUAAGAGAUGGUGAGUGGCCCAAGGUCACCCAAUAAGCUUCAUGGCUGAGUGGGGAUUCGAACUCUGGACCCCGGUGAGUUCUGACUAACAGACGACUUUGUCCAGCCAACAGGAGGAGAGGGGCACAGCCAGGAAAAUGGCCAGGGGUCUAGAGAAUGAAGCAAGCAAGGUGGCUACAGGAGGGCUGUCUAGGUAUUAGACAUCAACCUUUCCUCUGAGUGCCUAUUGGGGAGUUGGUGGGAAUGACCUGAACCUUUCCACCCGGACCAAAGGGAGGAUGCUGGGCAGUAUUGCCUUUGCCUUCAUCCUGGAUUGUCUCUUACAGGCAAUGUUGUUCUACUGAACAGGACAUCCAUCAAAUAUCCAGUUUCAGACUACUCCCUAUAUUGAAUGACAUUUCUGCAAGAGCUUGCAGGAUGAGGUGUAUGAACAAAAUGGAAGGAGUUUGGGUCACAAAAUACAAAUUUAACGGGUGUCUAUAUAAUGACCCAAGUUCACACAUGCAUGCCAUUCUAGUCACUUGAUUAUUUAAUGCUUGUAGUACUGUUCAUUUGACCAGCCUGUGAAGUUUGAGUUUGUGUGUUAGGGCAUUUGUAACUGCAAACCCCUCCCCUUCAGUUGGUUGCAUGACUACAUUAUUUGUACACAUGUAGGGUUUAUGUGCAUGAUGAGGGAUCCCAUAAAAAAGCAACCAAUCAAAUGCAUUCAGGGUGAGGGAGGGAUUCCCCCCCAUCCUAUUCUCUCUCCCCAUUCUCCCCAAUUUAUUCUAUCCUGAUUGGUCAUGUGGAUAGUCCUAUUGGUUUAAACUUGUUUGUGCUUCAAGUAGUAUAUACAUUCUGCCUGUGCUAUUUGAUGCCUGUAACAACUUAUUCAUGCAUGCAGACCACCAGCUGAUGUAGAGCUAACCACACAACGAAUAUUCAUCUGUCAACUAUCCUUAAAACAGGCAUGGUUCUAUAUUGACACAGUUCAGUAUCCAAAGGCACCAUCAACAGUUGGGAGAGCGUCUGAUGGGCCAGGAGAGAGCUGUCAUUUGUGUCUAUGUAGAUGGAAGCAAAUAUCUGUACAUUCUCCUCAUUUUCAGUGAUGGAACAACUGCUUGGUGUAGCUCAGUGUACGAAUUAGAAUAAAUUAUACAUAUUAGAAUUCUACCAAAGGGCCUUUGAAAGUAGCAUCAAGCACCAGGCAUCUUAAUACCAUGCUGCUGAGUAGUCUCCACUGUCAUGGUUAUCAAGGAAGUCUGGAUCGUGGAAGGAAUUUUAACCUGCUUUACCAGACCUUUGAGUACAGUACAAUAAGUUGAAUUCUCACCUCUUCUAGAUUGUGGAGAGGUAAUGUGGAAGAAAAGUUCAGGGGGAGUCAUCAGUGUGGAGACAAGAGCUCCUUUCCAAACAGACUACCUCUUGCAAUCCACUCAUCAGAAUUUGUGCGUAUGUAAGAAGAUGGCAAUGGUUUUACUUUGAUUUUUUUGAUGCUGACCCCAUGCGACAUGCUGUCGCUGUAGAUAACAGUGAGGAGUGCAUUUGCACGUUAAUUGCCGUGAGGUGACUGAAUAGAUGUUGCUCUGUGUUUUCUUUUUUUGAGAGAGAGCGCACAAAGCAAUUGCAGAGUUUCUGUGGAAGCAGAGUGGAAUUGAAUGUCAAAGGGAACCCUGAAUGCCCACUCUUCAGCAAAAAACUCCCCAGUUUCUUUGCUCCAGCAAACCUUGUUGCCUUGAUACACAAUGAACAUGCAGUGUUGCUCAGCAAGGUGCAAACACUUGGUGGAUCUGGGCAGAAGGGUGACACGGGAGCUCACCUGCAGCGCUUUAAGAUCCCAGUAAGGCGACUACUAAGCAAUUCCCCAUAUUGCCAUUUGUGGGAAGAUUGGAUGCAGCUGCUACUACAGCUGAGGACACUUUUGAACCAGAAGAUCAGGGAGCUGGAAAUUAGAUUAGUCUAAAGGCAUUGCUUGAUUCCUGUUCCCUGGGGCGGUGAGUCUCCAGUCAGAUCUCGCUGCCUGUGACCUUGCCUGGAUUUGCAAGCUAAGCACAGCUGAGGAGAGUGGGUGGGUCUCUGCUGCAGGGAAGACCUCCAAGAAAGGAAGGGCGGUGUCAGCUGGUUCGCCCUGACCUGCAGCCACUGAUGGCGCAGCCUGAGUUUCUCAUCUCCCUUGUUAUUUCCUUGCUGCUUGCUGACAGGGCAGCCUCCCUUUUUUCAUAUCAAUUGCUCUUUUAGGCAGGUAUGUAUGUUGUCUCAUUCUUGAAAGUGAAGAAGGUAUAUCAUCUCAUGAUUUGUUAGUCUUGCAAACUGGGAAUUGCUGCAGUCCCCUGCAACCCACCUUUCUCUACCAUGAAAAAAAUGACACUGACACAGAGAGGAGCAGGAUAAUUUGUACUUGGUUUCCCUGCUGUCCCAUAAACCUAGUUUAUGCAUGGCAGUAUCACAUAUAUAAUUACAAUUGGGUGUAUCUAAUGUGAGCAGAAGUAGUAGGUUCCACUUAAAAGAUGUAAAGGGAUAAAGUCUAGCUGGAAAAUGCUGGAAAAAGAGUAUCUGAGCAUGUCAAGCUAACAGAUGGUGCUAUUUUUUUUUAAAAAAAAAACAGAAAAUAAAAAUGAAUGUGAAACUGAAGAUAAUAAUGAAUAAGCAUAGAGGUAUUGACUAUUGCUCUGCCAUCAUCAUGAAUUCAAUCUCUCUUAUGAAUGCCAACUUAGUACCUGUUUCAGCACAAAUCUUAUUCCUAGACUAAAAACAAGUUCCGUAUCUUUUGCUCUAUAAGACUCACUUUUUCCCUCCUAAAAACUAAGAGGGAAUGUGUGUGCGUCUUAUGGCGCGAAUGCAGGCUGCGCAGCUAUCCCAGAAGCCAGAACAGCAAGAGGGAUUGCUGCUUUCACUGCACAAUGAUCCCUCUUGCUGUUCUGGCUUCUGAGAUUCAGAAUAUUUUUUUUCUUGUUUUCCUCCUCCGAAAACUAGGUGCGUCUUGUGGUCUGGUGCGUCUUAUAGAGCGAAAAAUACGGUAGAUGUCACCCACACACAAAAAAUAGUGCUGUCAUUGACCAUGAGUCAGUUCUAACUAUUGUACACUCUUGUAUCCCCCUCUCUCAAAGCAACUCUAGAGAGCCAUAGCAGAAGAUUUUUCCACACAAUAAAACAUUGCAGUGGUUAUGAAAAGCAGCAUUCACACAAUAGAAAAGAAGUGCCAAACAAAUGGAUAAAACCUGUAUACUGUAUUCAUUACCGUUUUUCCUUCUUCAGGUUUCUAAAUGUGUUUGCAAGGGCAUCCCAUUAUUGCAAAACUGACCAGUUAAGAAGUCUCCUAAGUGUUAUUGCCUUGAAGCUUAUAUGAAAUUUCUAGCUAGCCCUUACUUUUGGAGCACUUCAUCUCCUGCUGAUUUGCCUCCUAUCUCUGCCUCUUCCCAUAUAUCCCUUCUUUCCAUUUUGCAAAAGCUCAUCAUCCUGGCCCAUUCACCAAGCUGCUUCCUCUGGUCAACUCCUGAUUGGUAGUUCAUGCUCUCUUGUCACACUAUUAACUGUUUUGAAUGGUGUGGCUGAGCCAGUUCUGAGGCGGGACAGUAGGGAGCAUGUAAAGGCUGAAGACAGGCUCUGUUUGGUGUGAAGAGAGGCAACAGGUAUCCAGCCUAAGAGGGAAGGCAUGCUUGUCGAGGUUCAGGGGAAGACCAGAAGGCAAGGUGGUGAUGGUGAUAAUGAUGAUGAUGAUGGGUGUGAGAUCAGGCUGUGGAAGCGCAAUGCUGUUCGAGAAGUAUAAAUGAAAGUCCCCAUCUACGAUCCAUGUGGUGUGGCCUCCCUUUCUGAAAGCCAUUAUUGAUUCCCUCCUCUCCAAACCUUCCUUGGGGACUGAUCAGAUAACCUUUUUUUCUCUUGUGGGUAUAGUGGAUGCUCUUCCCACUGGCAGUGCUCUUACUCCUGCUUCCAUUAGCUAAUUUCUGUUUAUAUGUAUCCAUCACUUAUUCAUGAUCCGUUGGAUCAAUCAGAAGAUGCAUUUGUUGAAACCUGAUUCAAGCCUUAUGUGGAGACUGUAGGCCUCCCCCAAUGCUGAGGCCAGGAGGAUAGGUUAGCUAUUUUGAUAAAAGUCUUGUAACGUGGCCAUCAAACCACAGGGCAGGAACUUGGUUCUCGGCUCUUUGUUGGCACAUGCCAACUGUAGUGGUUCAAAAAACUCUUUCUUCCCAAGAGAUGCGCCAUAAUGCCCAGGGUGUUGGACUUCUGCUACCAAAGACAGCAGGACAGGGAUCUAUCUCCUGUUUUAGAUAGUGUACCCCCAGGUGAGUCUUUCACUGUACAUCUUCUACAUGGGUAGACUCUGUACAUGGGUGAACCAGAGUCGAGAGAAGGACCAUCAUUCACUUGUAAAGCACACAGAAGGUCCCACAUUUAAUUCUUGGUGUUUCUCGUUAAAAGAAUUAAACAGCAGAUAAUGGGUUCUGCCUGAGCUCUGGAGAGCCUCUGCUAGCCAUGUUAGCCAAGACUGCCAAGACUGAGUGACUUCACACUGUAUCCUGAUUUGUCAUCUUAUUGUUGUGAGUUAACACAUCUCAACAAUUAAGAAAGUACAGUGCUUACCAUUGAAAUGUGAUACAGAAAAGCACGCAGAGGGUAGUCUUUCCCAUCACCUCUCAAGUCACAGGCCAGACACCAAAUUGAAAGUGGUUGUUUUUUUAAAAAUGAAAAAUCCCAACAUUCCCCACCCUUUUCAUCUUCUGGUGUUUGAGCUUUUCAAGUACACUGUGCAUCAUGGGCAUAAGCUGACACAUUUUUAGCUCUUGAGUCAGGAUCCCAUGAAACUCCAGAAUUUUGCAAGAGCCUGAGGUGUCUUCAGGAGAAAGGUUCCUCUGGUACAUCUAGUCAUGCAGCUCAUCUGCAACCAAGAACAAACAUGAGCUAAAUCACCAUGGGGAGGCAUAAAGGAAGCAGGCUCCCUGCAUUCAUUGCCAUAGCUUGCAUUGUAGCAUCCUGGCUCUCGACCAGCCCCCCACCCAGGCUGCCCUUCUGCUGAUAACCGCAGUGGCUUUGCAAUCAAUCCUUCCUCUGUAGGUUUCCCAUAAACUAGGCUGGCUCUUCUUGCCUCAUGUUGAAAUCUCUUUUGAGGCGGUGCAGAGCUAGACAUGAUUUGAAUGUUGAUAUUCAUCAAGCUGGAUAUUAAAUCUCUUUUGCUAGACUUUUUUUAAAAGACAAAAAUGCUGUAAAGAUAUUCAUAUGUAGGUCAUACUCUCUCCCUAUAACAUUUCUGUGAAGCCACACAAUUUGGUAGUGACGUGGAGUGGAAAAAUGGAGGGGUUGCUUAACCUCUUCACUGAUUUGCUGCAUCUGUGCUCCAAGCUGCCCUCGUGAGUUGCAUUUUCUCCCGCGGGGUUGCAGAACAUAUUGCUCAGUGCUUUUUUUCUUUAAAAAAAAUGUUUAGGGGUACUCUCAUUUUCCUACUCAUAUUGAAAUACUGCCCCUCAAUGAGGCCAAACUUAGAUUCACAAAAUGUUUAGAGGUAUGCGUACCCUUGCGUCCCCCCCAGAAAAAAACACUGAUAUUCCUGCAUUGUAUUAUUGCAAAGCGGUUAAAACUCAUUGAAUACCAUUUAGAAGUAAGAAUUUGCUUGUUCUGAUUUUGCACACUGGGUUUAAAUCAAUAUUUCCUGCUACUGUAACUCUGGUCAUGUCUGACCUCUGAGGGAAGAGCAAAAGUCCCAUCUCCAAUGCGUGACCUGUUUGCAGAGAGGGACAUUUGCUACUUUUAUUAGCAGCAAAUUAGGAAACAUGUUCCUGAGUGUGUAUAUCGAGUGAUAUCUUUUGGAGGUCAGGGGAAGCCCCCAAUUUGGUUUCAUUCCCCCCCCCUUCGGUUUGGCCUUGUUUCCCAUUUCUGCUCAAUUUCCUCAUUUCGAGAAGAUGGUAAAAUAUGUACCAUUUAAAAGGAGGAUCUGGAACAAGUAUUUAGAGGAGACCAUCUGUGUGAGGACCUUUUCACAGAGCUCUUCCCUCCUAAACCUGGUCAAUCCUCACCUGUCCUUGGCCAAGCAGGGGGCUGUGUUUCCUGUGGGAAGGUGUAUUGCACUGGUGGUGCUCAGCUGCAACCAGCAGCCAUUUCUACAAUUGUCACAGCACCUUCCCCAGUCGCUGUGUGACUGUAAGAAUCGUUGCUGACUACCUACACACUGCCAGUUUAUGUUAUCUGUUUCUCCACACAAAUGUCUGCCUGAGGAUCAUCAAAGCUGCAUGUAGGAAGAUGGUGGUGAGGAAAGUAUUUUUUAAAAUAUUGCAGUUGCAUCCCACCUCCUGCCAAGGAGGUAGUAUAGUGGUACCUCGGGUUAAGUACUUAAUUCGUUCCAGAGGUCUGUUCUUAACCUGAAACUGUUCUUAACCUGAAGCACCACUUUAGCUAAUGGGGCCUCCUGCUGCCGCCGUGCCACCAUCGUGCAAUUUCUGUUCUCAUCCUGAAGCAAAGUUCUUAACCUGAGGUACUAUUUCUGGGUUAGCGGGGUUUGUAACCUGAAGCGUAUGUAACCUGAAGCAUGUGUAACCCGAGGUACCACUUGUAGUGGCAUUUUUGGCCUCACAUGAGACACUAUGAGGUACAUUGGGAGGGAAACAAUGUAGGGGCAGUUGUGUAAGAGAUUUGAUUGGGAGAGAGGAAGGGCUGCAUCUGGGGAUGCGAGAGGUCUCAUUUAGGUCUCAUUUAAAGCCAAAUCUGUCAAAUCUGCACUUUAUGGAAUGAUACGCAAACUGAAGCACAGCUAUCCUUUGAAAUUCACACUUAUCCAAAUGUUGCUAUGCAGUUUCCCAACUGAACAAUGUUUACAAAAAUGCAGGUAUGAAGGGAAUGUGUAUGUGGGUAGGUUCUCCUAUUCAUUUACAGUGGUACCUCAGGUUAAGUACUUAAUUUCUUCUGGAGGUCCGUAUUUAGCCUGAAACUGUUCUUAACCUGAAGCACCACUUUAGUUUGUGGGGCCUCCUGCUGCUGCCGCGCCACUGGAGCCCGAUUUCUGUUCUCAUCCUGAAGCAAAGUUCUUAACCUGAAGCACUAUUUCUGGGUUAGCGGAGUCUGUAACCUGAAGCGUAUGUAACCUGAGGUACCACUGUAUUAGUUUUCAUUGGCGGUGUGGGAGCUUGGUGGGCCCUGGGAAGACCUAGUAUAUGUAGACUGCAGCAACGGGAGGAACUUAAGCCCUGUUUACUGACUAGGUAGGUCUCAGCAUUCAUGGCAUGUGUGGGCCUGUCUGCAGUGUGCCUGCAGGUGUAUGCUUGAAGAUGCAUUGGAGGCAUGUGUAAUGGGUGGGGUACAGGGCCUGGCCCCCAAAUACCGCUCCCAUUGUGCACACUUCUUGCAUUAAUUGAACAUGGGAGCUACACUUCUGGCAAUUACAGUCAGCUAGUAAAGUCUCACACUCUACAUUUUCGCAGCUUGCUACAGAAAUGUAAAGAAAACAAAGCAAAAACCCACCACAAGACACCAUGUUCCCUGUGAUGAUGCAGUUGGAGCCUGUGUAGGCAUGCAUGUUUCCUCAUUUCUCACCAUUUCAGGACUUGGUGCCAUCUGAUGACAAUAUGUGAACAGAUGCCGUUGAAAAGCUUUGUCCUAAAGGUGACACCUGGGCUAUGGACAGUCCCUCUCUGGUGGCUCCUCCACACCAGUCAUGGCUAACUGCUGCAGUCAUUCAGAGAUGCCCAUGUGGGAACCAGCUUCAUUUCUGGAAGGGAGGCUGCUUCCGCUGAUGGUUGAGGGCAAUUGCAGGAAGCAACAUUAGGGGUAGAUAUGCGCACGAGUUCACAGAUAAGUUUGGUCAGGUGUAGAGCGUAUGGCUUAAAUCCUGCUAUGAUUGGUUGCAGGGAACACGUGUGUGGCUGCAGGAGCAGGACCGGCUGCAGCCCUGCACAGUUGGCUCUUGUGUUGAUGGAUCCGUGCUCUUCACUUCAGACUAUGGCGAGGUAAGUGAAAUGGAAACACAGCAUUUUCAUGAGCCGCCAAAGGAAACCCUUCCAGGUCAUUCCCUUGCACAUUUGGGCUAAAUAAAAGCUGGUGGCUCAGGAGACUCUUUUUUCCCUCUCCUGUGGCCAUAAUAUACAGCACCUUUAAGGUUGCCAAGUUACAAAGAAAAAACCUUCUUUGCAUUCUUCCCUAGGUGGCUUUUGCAGGUAUGGGUUUUCUUAAGGCUUUGUCCUCCUUUUCUUAAGGCUUGCAAAUUGGUUUUUCCUUGAAUUACGGCUGCUUGUUGACAUUGCCACAAAGCACUUAAAUGCUCAGGAGAGGCGUCUGCAAAAGCCAGACAGACUGAAGGCUUUGGAAGCAGCUGUAUGCAAGCAAUUCACACCUCUUAGCAUUUCUAAAAGUGGCUGCCUCUGAAAUUGGUGAUAAUCCCUGUAGGGAUGCGGGAGUCAGUCCACUUCCACCUCCCUUUCUCCUAUAAUCUCUGGUUUAUGUAAGGAAGGGAGGGAGAUUGGCAUCUUUCUCAGACCCUCCCAUAGCAUAUAAGACAAAAUGACUUCAUGAAGAUCAGUUAUUUUUAUAGUGUUACUUCCAACUAUUGGGGCCUGUUAACAGAGUGGCACAAGGGUAGGGUUUCUUCCAAGCCAUUAGCUAUCAGACUUUCCCUGUGCAGAAAAUUUGUAUUCUGAUUCCCCUUCUGAUAUAGGUAACUAUCAAUAUAGAUAAUUAAGUGCAAAGUGUGGAGGUAAGAAGCUCAUCUAUACAAAGAUGUCUCUGCUUGUAAAACACAAUGAGUCACUUCAGUUCACUGUUGGGUGAACUCACCCAGUGGUGAGUCCAGAUGUGUUCACUGAGAGGACUCAUUCAUCGAAGCCUCCUCAAUGUGUAUAAAUCAUGUAGGAUGGCAUUCAGCUUAAGUUUUACUCAAGAGUAGACUUGUUGAAAUGAAAGGACCAAACUUUGUCAUGCCUAGUAAUUUCAGUGGCACUACUCUUGAGUAAAACUUGGUUGAAUACCACCCAUGGUUUUAACUUAUUUCUUAUUGUAGAAAUAAAAGUUUACAAUAGAUGUGAAAGGACAAGGUAAAUACAGAAGAGUUGUUGACCCCUCCCAUUUCCUGUUCCAUACCUCUCUAUACUUUUGUAUCUUUCAGCCUCUGGAACUGAACUGGGAACAGUGAAAAAUGGCUGGGGGGAAUGAACAGAGGGGAUGUUAAGACAUGGGAGAGGAGAGGGUUCAGUGUCCCUCUCCCUUGCACUCCUUUUACUGUUGAGCCCACCCACUUCAUAAAUAAGCAGGGCAAGAAACCUGCCGGCCAUUUUGUUAGAAGAGAGUCAACUGGAUCAACUGCCAGGACUUACUGCCCCCCACAGAAUCUUGCAUCUCUACAUGCACCAUCUUUUCCUUCCCUCCAGGUGUUCUGCUACCCGUGGGCCUCUGUGCCCAGAGAGAAAGUCCUGCCGAUGCAUCGGUCGAGUAUGGAGGGGGUGGAGGACAUGUCCAUGCUGGGGGACCUGCACGAGGCGGCCAUUUUGCUCAAUCUGCACCAGCGCUACCAGCAGGACCACAUCUAUGUGAGUGACCAAAGCAGACAGAUUCUUUGCUAGCCAGAGCAGAAGUGGCCUGAAAAGAAAGCUCAGCUGCAUGACUGUCCUUUACCCCAUCUCACCCGAUUUGGAGACCUCUUAACCAUGGCUUGGACAGGAGUCUGUGUCUCCUCCUGGUUGUGCUUGGGCUGAAUCAAGUUAGUAUUCCUGGGUCUCUCUGCACACAUUUGGAACGCAGCAUCACAAGGGGAUUUUAUGCUGAGUAUAAGGCACAGCUAAGGCCCUGUCUACACAUGCAGGUGUGUGUGUGUGUGUGUGUGUGUGUGUGUGUGUGUGUAAUAGACUAUACCAUUUCAGAUUGCAGGUGGGGAGUAACACACACACACACACACACACACACACACACAAAUAUAGGAGUGCUGUUUUUAAUGCUUCCCUAUAGUUAAAGGAAAAGCCUGUAUGUUUGGAAAAAGACCCACCCAAAAUUAGCACACCAGAGAAAGAGUUUUUACCCUAGCCUGUUCUGUAGGUACUAGUUUUCUACUUGCAAGGGGCAUUUUUACAAAAGGGAGCAUUCAAAAAUGCUAUCCCAUCAUGUGCAUUCCAUAGCGAUAUACUCUAUUUUGCCAUUUUGGAAACUACCUCGUUCUAUUGAAUGCCUAGUCUAGGCUUGAGUGUCCAGGAGUAGCUACUGGGCUGCUGCAGAUGAGAAAUGCAGUAAUGUUUGCCAUGCCAUCAGUGGUUGGUUCUCUUUGCAAGAGGACUCUCAGCAGCUGGCAUUGAAGAUGCUCCAGGUGUUUCUUCCUGUAGCAGAUUUCCUAGGUUGAAUGACAGACAUGUGCACCAGAGGCAGUAAACAUCCUCUUUCAUCCUGCUUCAGGAACUGUGUACCGGAGGCAGAGAAAUGCAGGGGGCUCUGUGCCAUUUAUGGUGUUUGCAAGAUUACCUGGGACUGCGAGAAGGGCCAUGAGGCAUGCUCCUCCUUCUUUCUUACCUGUGUGCAAGCCCGUUCAAAUUCUGAUAUUGAAAUGUGGAUCUUAGGCUGUGUUGCAUAGCAACUGUUACUAAGGCAACAGGACUGUAUGCAUCUUGUAUUCCAGUAAAUGAUCAAUUAAGUGACCCGAUUUCUGGGAAGCAUCUUCUCCAUUUUGGGCAGACAAGGAAGUUGCAAAGUCUGUAAUCAUAGUAAUGAAUCUUUGCUGUCUUGUGAUGGACAUGCCUUCUCUUUCUGCUCUCUUGACCCAGGUCUAUCUCCAUCCUGCAACCUCUCAAGUGUUCCCUGUGCAAGCAGCUCUUUACUGCCCAGACCUUUACAAUCGGAUCUUACCCUCUUGAACAUCCCUUUGACAACUGCCUACCCUAAUUUCCUCAGUUUGCUACUUCUUCCCUCCCUCCCCCAUCUCUCUUUUAGCUGUAAGGAAAUAGAAUAAUAAUUAGCAUUUGCAUACCAGUAUAUGUUUAAAUGAUCAGAGAGUAUUUUGCAGACACUGUAUUGGGGCCAUCCUAGAACUUAUACAAGACGCGGCACCAUGGCUGCUCCUGCUCUCUGUUUCUUGUAAUAUCUAAGACAGAUAGUAUAUGACACAAUGUCAUUGCACUGUACAUUCCCCCAUCCCUGCCAAGCAGUGAUGCAAGGUACAGGCAGCACACACACACACACACACAGUGCACUGAUACCCCCACCAUACAUGGUUUACGUUGGAUUUUUCCAAGGAGUGGAGAGUGUGAAGACACUCAGAAGCAGUAGCUCAGAGUCUCUUGUAAAAUCUGGUUUCAGUAAUCCAGUGACAGCCCUGUACAUUCAGUGUUAUUAUCCCCAUUUUGUAGAUGGUGGGCUGAGAGAAGAUUUAGGCAGGAGGAUGUAUGCCUGUGGAUAUUUUUUUAAAAUCCCAGGAGGCGCUUAAAGAUUUAUUGUGAGAGGCAGUAAGUCCUGACACAUUUCAGACCCUUGGGGCAAAAGAGAUUACAGAAAAUUUAACUGAUCUUUUCUUUUAAAAAAAACCAACAACAACAAUAAAAAACCUUCAUUCUGCUAUAACUCAUUUUCCCUCAGAGAUGGGUCUAUUACACUCUGAAAUACAAAAGACUUACUGGUUGCCAACCAGAGUUUAGCGUGGCAAGUUGCAGUGAGCUUUCAGUAUGUGCACUCCCCUUCUCUCCUCUAGCAUAGCCAGGAGGAGGGAAUUGGAAGCUUUAGCUUCUGUUUUCAGUUAGCCAAAGUUUUAGUGUGUCAUCUAAACCCCAUGGUUAACUAUGGUUUGUUGAAACAAGUCAGCUUCAUAAACUAUGGUUUGAAAUUGGGUUUCAAACAAAGCAUAUUUAAAAUUAAGCACACUUUGCUAGAUUCAGAUGUCAUAGCAAGCUGAAGUUAAUUUAAUCAAGAAUUGAAAGCUUCUUGAUGGCCUCUUGUGACUGUGCCAGAGGAGGAAGAGAGGGGUGCACAAGAAGGAAGCUAGCCUUGUUCCCACAAUGCUAAACUGUAUUUUUUGACAUCAGAACCAGGCCUGCUCCUGCCGUGCUACCGAAAAACAAGACACCAUAUGCCUUUGGUGUUAUGUCAUGGUUUGCCUCCCUCAAACAAACCACGAACCAAGAAGAAACCUUGGUUAGAGUUCAUGGUUUAUUUGGAGUGAGGCAAAUCACAAGCCUGGAUUUGGAUGUAACAUUGGCUUAGCUCUCAGCAGCAUUGCAGCAGGAGGAAAUGAAGUAGAUUUUCUCAUUGUGCCCCAGCGUGGUUGCUUGUUCAGUGAACCAGGCCGAGUGAAUUAAAGACUACUGAGCAGUCCCCACCACCACCACCAUGAAACAUAACCACCAGCUCCCCAGCUUUCUUUCUUUUUUUCAGGAAGAGUACAUCUCCAUCAUCUUGUAGAACCUGACACAUGAGGCAACAUGUACAGGCACUGUUCUUGUUUUCUGAGAAACUAUCCUGCUUCCCCUUUCGGUGUUUUUCUUUGCCCACCCCACUCCUAGAAACAUCCUGGCCUACUCCCAUUCAGCCAAGCCUGCACAGUGGUGUCCUGCUUCUUCAAAGCAUGGCUAAGGAGUAAUACAGGGAAAGAAAGGAACGGGAGAGAGGCCACCAAGGAUGAUUCCCUGCCCAAUCCUUACAGAGAUGAGGCUUCCCCUCAGCCCAAGGUCAUGACUUGUCAAGAAACCCUAAGAAUCCCAUAGAGGUUUCCUUGCCACUUGAGCACGAUAGUACUGCCCAUCUAAUGUCCCAUCUCCAGUUGUGGUCAUCUCUACCUCUGAGGAAGGAUUUGGAGGGGGGGCAAUAAAUAGUAGGAAACAUUCUUGCUCCACCCUGGGUAGGCUCCAGUGAAACUUCAGGUACAUAAUUUAGUAUCCCUGAAAUGUACUUAGCUCCGUUAAAAAAAAACUAAUAAAAAAAUCUUCAUUGCUGAAGGUCCCCUAGGGAUAUUCUUCCCAAAUAUGAAUUCUUCUGACCAUUAGAAUGCAUCCUGCAUUUUGUUGAAUGGGGAGCUUAUAUAAUAGUUUCUUCUUGUUCUCAGUAAUGUCCUGUACCCUAAAUUAGCAUGUCUCCCUCUACAUUAAUAGCUACCUCCCUCCAAUUAUUUUUAGAGAGCUGUAAUGUACCCUCUUAGCUUCCCUUUUUUUCUUUUCUUUUUUCGGCUGGGCUGAGGAGGCUCAGUCCUUUUAAGCCUUCUUUCAAGACCUGGCCUCUACUUAAAACCAUUGAUUUCUGUCCUGAGAAUGAUGGAUCCUUUCCACCCUCAGGUAUAUAAUAGCCUUUGAUGUUCCUUAUCCUCUCCAGAAGGAUAUCAGUAAGCCCAAAGUAAGUCUGAGGGCCAAACUGUGUGAUAGGUGGGAGAUUUGUGAUUGUUGAUCUUACAAGAUCUGUGCUUGCAUCUCUUUUUGGAAGGCCUUUGGCUGGCCUGAACACAAACAGAACUAUCUGUAAUAAUAUGGCAAUUCAUGUAGAUAUUUGCAAGAAGGUGACUGAAACAAAUCACCCUGUAUGGAGCUUAUUAGCAUUUGAGCACUGUCAGAUUUUAUGGGUUCAAAGUGCCCGGAGGGAGGUAGAAUAUUGCCCUCUUGUGGCAAAUGGUGAGUGGCGGCUCUUACAGAAGCGCAUGUGUACAAAUGUAUGGAGUUGGUCCCCAGCAGCUCACUAAAACCGCUUGUUUAUUUUGCUGUUCUUUCCACUUUCUCCUCCAGACAAACAUCGGCUCCAUCCUGGUCUCUGUGAAUCCCUACAAGCCCAUCGCUGGAUUGUAUGAUGCUGAUGCCAUUGACCUGUACCGCCAGCACUGUCUGGGUGAGCUGCCACCCCACAUCUUUGCCACAGCCAGCGAGUGCUACAGCUGCCUGUGGAGGCGCCAUGACAGCCAAUGCGUCCUCAUCAGGUGAGGGAGGCACUUUGGAUCAGGAGGGCAGAUGAAUCAAAGCAAACCCGCCCCCCCAAUAGCAUAUAGUUAAACAAUGGAGGAUGUAGUGAUGGCCGCCAUCUUUAAAAGGGAUUGGGCAAAUUCACAGAGGAUAAGGCUCUUAAGUGUUGUACCUCCAUUCUUGAAGGCCGUAUGCCUCUGAAUACCAGUUGUUGAACCAGGGUGGGCAGCUGGCCUGCUGCACCAGGGCUCUCCUUAUCUUUUUAUGCUCAUUGCAGCAAACAUCUCCCCAACCAUUAGUCGGGAUUUUGGGGGGAGUGCUGCACGUACAUUCUGGGGCCAUUCUUUCUGACUUGCCAUUGAGGCUGGCAUUCCCUUUGGUUGGUGCUGUCCUGAGCAGGUUGUUUUGGCUGUCCAUUUAACAGUGGUGAAAGUGGAGCUGGAAAGACAGAGAGCACCAAGUUGCUGCUGAAGUUCCUAUCAGCCAUGAGCCAGACCUCACUGGGCGGCCCUGCAUCAGAGAAGAGCACACAUGUGGAGGAGGCCAUCAUGGAGAGCAGGUACAAGCCCACACAGCACAGGGUUGGCGUGAGUGUGCGGUUUGGAGGUGUCUCCUCUCAGGGGAGCCAUGUCACGGACAAGGGGUAGGACUGGCACUGCAGCUUCCCAACUGUCUGCCUUCUAGUUAUGGCCCGCAAACUUCCUUUUUCAGCUAGGGGGCUGUAAUGCAUAGAGAGUGUCCAGCAAAAGUUCUUAUUCCUUGGAAUAUUUCUGCACUUGAUAUGGAGAAUCCAUCUGCCUGACUUUUUCUAGGUACCCUUCAAAGGUUAGCGGUCUGUGCUGUUUUGAACCAGGGGAGCAAAGCCUGCCAUGCUCAUUCCUGGUGGCUGUUUCCAUGUCCAUUUCCUCAGGUGUCCGACAUGUUUAAGUGGGACUGCUUGGUGCACUAAGAAAAGCAGGGUUGUGCAGCAUUAAUUGAAAACGUUCACAUAUAUUUGGUUGAUUCUGCUUCUGCUGGUCAAGGGGAAGGAGCAAGUUGCAGUAAACACAGACUUUGGAGAUAUCAAGUCUGUCAUUGCAGACAUGAGGGCUAGAAACUUGGAAGGUUUGUUUUUUGGAGGGAGUUGUUGUUUUUGUUAAGAGAGAGCUCAGUUCCUCAAAAUUUGAAAGGUUUCCACAGUAAACUUGUGCCUAGAGUUAAAGAAAGUGCAGCCUACCCUUAUUAUACACCCCAAACAUCACUACUAAUCUCCUUCCUUCCUUCCUUCCUUCCUAGCCCAGUACUGGAGGCUUUUGGAAAUGCCAAGACAGUCUACAACAACAAUUCUAGUCGCUUUGGCAAGUUCAUCCAGCUGCACUUUUCCCAGCAUGGGCAUAUCCAGGGUGGGAGAGUCACUGACUGUAUCCUUCUUUUUGGUGGUUUUAUCCUUGAUUACCUUAGCGCACACCCAAGGCCAAGCGGAGCUGGUGAGUUGGUUGUGUCUCCACUGCUGACUUAGCAGGGUAUAAUCAUGUCAGGCAAGGGGACCUUCCUCCCCAUUUUCCAGCUCACUUCCGAUUCUGUGUUGAGUUUUCCUUUGCAAAAGAGGGUAGCUCUCUAACCGUUUAGAAUCCAGGAGUGAAACAAUCCUGGCCUAUAUAAGUUGGGGACAGAGUUCUUUGCAGCCAGAUUCCUAUGUCGUUGAAAUAUUCUUUGGCAGACACUGGGAAGUCUUUCUAGGAGCCAUUGUACCAUUGCUUCCACCUUAACUCAUUGCUCAGAUUUAUUGGAGAAGGUGAGUAAAGUUUAUUUUGACCGUGUCCCCCUUCUUUGCCCCUUCACAAUGUCCAGAUGAUAUGGAGAUGCUAUGAUGACUACUCCUGGGUAGAGUACUGUUUCAACACCCCUAAAAGUUCUGCUCAGUAGAAACUCUGGUGUGUCCGCACUACAUUAAGCUAUAUUCCCUUUUUUUUUGUUUCAUUUCACUAUAAACCUUCACCAUCUCAGAAAGAACCAUGAGUUUCCCAUAAUACAUAUGCUUCCUCAUCCUUGAACAUCUAUGUUAUUAAAUGUCCUGUUUUGCGCAAUUGCAUCUGUGCAAUUGCACUAAUGGACCCACACACAAGACAGUACUGAAAAGGGAGGAGUGAGGCUGAUUUGCUUUGCUAGGGAAAAGGGAGUAGUCAGAUUCUGAGACUGUGAAGUAGGCAAAUGAGCAACGUGUCCCGGUGGGAAAGUGCAUGGAUGAAAUGGUGCUAAAUUAAUCAAAAAGAAAAAAGGGAGAGAGGCUGCAGUAGUAGUGAAGGAGCAGCCACAAGAAAAUGGCAGUGAAGGAAGACAGCACAAGACCUCAGUCCUCCCACUCAAGGAGGGAUAUAAUUUGGCGCAUGGAAAUGGAGAUUAACCAGUGACUGGUUAUGGGUUUUAGUGUGGACUUCCCUCAUUCUUGCAUAGACCCCAGGACCUAUUGCAUGUCAAACUAUGUGGCAAUGCACACCUACCUGAUUCUUCUCAUGCUGUUGAUGUAGCAGAAACAGGGCUUAGCACAGUGGCUUUCCUAUGUCGAGCACAUAUUUCAUUGCCAGGAGUUCUGCUAGUUUGUGUGUGCCUUUGGGGUCACACACCCUUCAUUCUUCUUUGUUUCAGAACAGAGUUGUUCACCAGAACCCGGAGGAACGUAAUUAUCAUAUCUUCUAUGCCUUGUUAGCGGGCGUCAGCGAAGAACACAGAGGUAAUGAGGAAUCACAAAGUUGCAUUCUCUCAUUCAAUGAGAAGAGCAAUCUCCUGCAGUCAGGCUGGGAUGGGGAACCUUUUUGGGCCAGAUCCUUAUUAGGGUUCCUGACAAGCCAAACUUGACAGGUGGGCAGGACCAUUCACCAGUCAAAAUCCUUUUGGCACUGAACUUCAGCCAAGGGAGGGAGGCUUGCAAAGGAUUGGAACUCUGUGCUCUUCUCCUGGGGGCAGUGGCAGCAGCCAAGCAAAGGACAAGAGCCUCUCCCCACCUCCCCCUUGUUGCCACCCUCCUGCUCAUGGGAGAAGCAGCCCCCAUAGUCUCGUUUCAGCUGAAACUGGACCAGGGGUUUCUCUUAAUGCGCUUCUCAAAAGUGCUGCUUCUCCUGUGAGCUGGUGCUUGGUGGCAGAGGGGAGGGGGGGUAGACUCUUCUCCCCCUCCUCUUGCUUCUGCUGCUAGCUGGAGAAUUACACGAGCUGCAAUUUUGAGAAGGCUUUAAUUUCCGCCCAUCAGCUGAUAAGUGGAGAUUAAAUCUUGCUGCCUUUUGCUGUGUGAUAGUGUUCCCUGCUGGAAACAGGACAUGUGGGCAGGCAGUGCAGGAUUAAACCUUGUCCUCCCGCUCAUCUGCUCAUGUCACCACUGAUGUCAGCUGAUGAAUGAGUGGGUGUGGUUUGGCCUUGCAGACCAAACUGAAGCCCCUGGAGGGCCAAGACUGCCCAUGUGGGCUGGAGUAUCCCCACUCUUGCAGUAGGCAGAGUGGCUCAGAGAGCAGGCUAAUACCCCAGGUUUCAGAGGAGGAACAGGCUCAGAAUCUUAAGGAUAAAAAUUUACACCAGGGUGGGAAACUUUUGUCAGGCUGCGGGCCACAUUCCUUUCCAGUCAAUGCUCUGAGGGCCACAUGCCAGUGGUGGGUGGAGCCAGAGGCGAAAGCAAGUCGAACAGCAGGUGUAAAUGAUACCUUUAUACAGCAGGCCAGUUUUCACACAAAGACCCUUCUGUCUUCCAUCCAGGCAAGUGAGAGGCGCUGUCAGCACUCAUUCUAGACAGAAACACUUGAGGGAUCAGUGAGGUGCGGAGUAUGGUCUGGGGAGAGUGCCAAAGAGUAGACAGAGAGGCCUAGAGGGCUGGAUUUGGCCCCUGACACACCCUUGCUCUGUACAAAUUAAUGGUGGAGUCCUGAACUCAGAAUUCUAGUUUGUGAAUGGCAUUUCUCCUACAACUUCAAGAAGGGAUAUCAUAUCGCAAGUCCACUCUUGAGACAGUGUAUUUAAAUGAUGCCUUGUAAAUCCUGUUUAAGGCCUACUCGUCCCUCUUGUAGGAGACGAGUGCAGAAGGGAGCAGGGAGACACCUGCGUUACCCACAGAAUCAAUAGCCCAGUUUCUGUACUUAACCAUGUCCUUGGACAGUUAACAGAGGCAUGAUUUUCUCGAGGGCUGGUCAGAGCAUUGCUCUCUUCUUUCCACCAGCCCUUUCUAAAUCUCCCAGCCCAUCACGCCUUUUGCAGCUCCCUGUGCCUUGCCGCUGAUCAGAUUCAACUUCCCCUCCCUCCUGCCACAGGAAGACUUGCACAUUUCCCCCAGAACCCCCUUCUUCCUUUGAGGGAUUGUCCGUGACCUAAAUCAGUUGAAUUAGCAAUGGCUAGUUUUCCAUGUUACAUACCACCACGUUAACCGUAGCCACAAACUCAAAGCUGGGGGUGGGGGUGGGGAACCUUACACUAGAAGCAAGAAAACUUUGGUUGAAUUGUUUGAGGAAAAUGCCUCAGGGGUUUGUGUCCCAGAAAUCCCACGAUGAAUGUGGGGCACUACAAAAAGCAAGGCUGAAAUUGGAAUUAGCCAUGAAAAAUUUGCAUUGGAGACGCAUCUCAGACUUCCUCGGGCCAUUCUCUGCUUGGGUUGUUUUGGAGGGAGUAGCCUUUAUUUCUGAUGCAGUUGGCCUAGUUUGAGAGGGAAAGGGUGUAGCUUCUGAUACAGAGACAAAGCUUUGGUACCCACUUAAAUAAUACUUUUAUCAGGACCCUAGUGAGCCUGGGAAUGGAGCUGGAAACCCCUGACCUCAGAUUCCAGUGAGUGGAAUUUGUGGUAUUUCCUCUGUGGUCUGUCUGCAACUGGGCCAAACUCUGCUUCCUAAAAAAAGUUCAACAACUUUCGGGGUGUCCUGGUUUUUACUUUUUGAAAUAUGGCAACCCUAGAUCACAGAUUGGCAGAGAGGGAAUUUGCAGUGGCAUCCAGGAAUGCCCCUAGCAGAGUAAUAUGGUAUCUUCACACACUUUAGCAGUCCCUGGGCUGGAGAAGGGGGAAUUUCUGCUGGCAACCACAGGAAGGUAUAUCUAUUUGGCAGAAUUGCUGCUGUACUUACUGAUACACCGAUAACUGGGUUUAGAAGUCUUCUGCAAUUAGAUGCCUGGGAACUGGUUGUUUAGUUCCCAGUAUUUUGAGCAUUGGGGCAAACUAGACAUUACAAGUUACUUCCUAGCAAGUUUAUUUGAAAAGAAAAGAAGAGUAAAACAGCAUUGGGUGUCUCUAAUUUUGAGCAGAGGAGCAGCAAAAGGAGGGUAUACUUAAACCGCUUAACCCACUUCCUUUUUUCCAACUCUAAACCACCCAUCCAGGCUGCUUUCACCACAGGUUGGCCACUGUGGGAAGCAGAAUGCUGGACUAGAUAGGCCUUUAAACUGACCCAGCAGGAUCCUUCUUAUGUUUUUACCUCAUGGAUUAAGUACCCCUCUCACUUGCCAUUCAAAACUGCAAGUUGCCAGGGCUGCUUACAAUUUAAAAAUGGCUUAUUUCUGCUGUGGACAAGACAGUUACAGGCUAGUGUUGGCUCCCCACAACUUAUUCCACAAUAUAUUGUCCUUGAGUUGUUGUUGUUUUGGGGGGAGACUGCCAUGCUGUGGUUUGGUCCUAUGAUGUUGAACUGGGAGUGCUGUAUAGACAACCCCAGAGAAAGGAGCAAGUGGAAGAAGAGUUGGUUGCUUUCUGGAUGUCCCUGGCUCAUCUCUCCCUGUUUGUUUGCCUCUUCUCUCCCCCCACCCUCCUACCCCGACCUCCAAUAUGUUUGCUUCUCCUUUGGGGAGCUGCCUUCCUACAGAAGCCCUGGUCCUGCUGGAGCCCAAGAGCUAUCGUUACUUAAACCAGUCUGGCUGUGUAACCAAUGAGAACCUGGACGACAAAGAGAUGUUCAGCAAGGUCAUGGUGAGUCUUCCUUUUGACUCCAGGCAAGACUUUAGGCUAGGUGUGGGUAAGCUGUGGCCCUCCAGAUGUUGCAGAACUACAACUCCCAUCAGCCCUAGCAAGCAUGGCCAAUGGCCAGGGAUGAUGCAUGUUGUAGUUCAGCAACAACUGGGGGAUACAAAGGUUUCGCACACCUGCAUUAGGCAAUGCUGUGAGGGCAGGGGGCUCUCUCUCUCUCUCUCUCUCUCUCUCUCUGCAUGUGUGUUUAAAGGGAAAGGUGUACCUGUUCCUUCGAUGAAGACUAAAUUGCAAAAUAACUGAAUGCAAGAGGAUCAUUUUUCACUCUUGAUGGCUGUCUGUACGUGGUGCCUGCUAAUUGGGUGCUUUGUUUGAUAGCAAUUUAGAGAGGCUGCUUAGACUAAAGUAAUGGUAGCUUGACGACACUUCUCAUUGUCUGCCCACUAGCGUAUUUCCCCCAUUGUUUCUUGCAGUUCUGCACUACUACAUUUGUUCCCAUGACUUAAAAAAGGAGCUGGGGGAAGGAUUUAGCCUGCAAAAAUAUGGGCACUGAUUUGUAAUGUAGAAGGAGGGAAAAGAUGUGAGGGUGCUAUAGGAAUCAUAUUUAUUAUUUAUAAAGCACUUUUGAAGCAGAGUCCUGUAUAGGAGAUAAAAUUGAAAGGUAGACUGUAGAAUAAGGGCAAGGAAAGGGCAUGCUAGGAAGAGAGCAGAAGAGGAUUCACUUAAGAAAAAGCCUGGAAGUACAAGAGGGUCUUCUUGUAGCUCAGGGAUAGAGAUCCUGUGGCCCUCCAGAUUUUUCUGGACAGUGUCAGCCAAUGCGGAUACUGCUGAGGGAUCAUGGGAGCUGUAGUCCAGCAACAGCUGGAAGGUCACAGGAUCUCUGCUCCUGUUGUGGAUCCUCUUGCAUAUUGGGUCUGACUGCCACCAGGAUAUAAGGUGCAAGGCUAACUGAAACCAGGCUCAACUUAUUACCCAGAGCAUUAUUGGCUCUGUGUUCAUAGUGGCAAAAAUCACAGCUGCAAUAUGGAAUCAAGGAAACAGGUGAGUCUAUGGAACAGUCUCUCCAAAGGACUGAAAUAGGAUGAUCACAGUAGGUUUACUCAGAAGUAAGUUUCAUGGACCUCAGUACAGCUGCUUCAUAGUGAGUGUGUUCAGGAUGCUAGCCUUAGAAAGCAAAAUCUCACAGAGGGAUGUGUAAACUGGUUUCUGUGCGCUGAUGUGUAAGGAUUGCUUUAUAGCAAGUCUAAGAUUGGCCCGAUGGUGGUGGGUGACAGUGGAGUUAACCUAACUCCAAUGUGUUUUGAGCAGACUGCCCUCGAAGUGAUGGGAUUCGGUUCUGAAGAGAUCAGAGACAUUUUCAAACUCCUGUCUGGCAUACUGCAACUUGGAAACAUUGAAUUUAUGACGGCCGGAGGAGCUCAGAUUACAACAAAAACUGGUAAGCGGCACCCUUCUGUGAAGGGCGUCCCCACCUGGAAUCUGCUUCUCCUCCCUCAUCGUUUUGGUGACCAUGCUGAUCCGCUGGGCAGGCUUUACUGCCUUUCUGCUACUGUUCACAGGACAAAAUGGACGCCCAGGAACUGUAGGAGUUGGGGGACAAUUCCAAGUCUAGUUCUUCCCAAUAUGAGACACUGUUAAAUUCACAGUACAUUUUUAACCCCCCAAUUCAAGUUAGGUUUUGAGUGUGCGAAUGGGCUCAAACAUGCACACACCAUGUUGUGAAACUAUGGUUUCGUGCUUAAAAAUCCUCUACCCUAGUUGUCAUGCUGGCUUGCCAGAGAGAGCUUUGACACGUUUUGAAAUGUCACAGUUGCUGUGUUUCUGUUAUUUCCCCGCCUUCCCCCUGGGCCUAUCAGUGGAGUCUUGGGGGAUCAAGAGUUGCCAGCAAGGUCUCUCCAAACGUCUAUCCCGCCUCUUGAUUGUAUUGGCUUCCUGUCCCUUUUUGAGGAGAGGCCCCCUAUCUCAGCAAUCACUUCCACAUAAUAAGAACACAUUAUCGCAAGCAUUACUGCCAUCUCUCUUUUAUCAUCCUCUCUCCUAGUGCUGAAUAAUGUCAGCGAGCUGCUUGGCUUGGAUGCCUUCCAGUUGUCUGAGGUGCUCACCCAGAGAUCCAUGUUCCUACGGGGAGAGGAGAUCAGCUCUCCCCUCACUGUGGAGCAGGUGAGUGAGUAGCCAACGGCUUUGCACUAAGCAUGGUGGUGGCGCCUGGCUAUGAAGGGCACUUGCCUCUAGGUGGCAGCACUCACAUAGUUGUCAAGGGGAAAUGGCGCUUGAGGGAUGCCUCGGAUUUGAACAUGACAUACUCCCCCCGCCCCCCCGCCCCAACCCUUGAGGAGGGCUUCCCAGAAUGUGCACUGUGGCUCAGGAAUUUGAGUAAGCUGGGAUGUAGGGAAGCCAUUUGCAAGGCAGGAAGAGAGGGUGAAUCAGCCGUGUUAACAACUUUACCGCUGUAGAGCUGGGUUGGGGAAUCUUUUUCAGCUGCCUUCUGAGGGCCACACGCUGGUGCCAAUGGGACCAAAAGUAAAUGGGGACAGAGCGAUGAAUGUGACUCUUCUACAGUAGGGUAACUUCUGCAUGGAGCCUCAAACGUCUCUGUAUCUUCCACCCAGAUGAGCAAGAGGCAUUCUCAGAGUUCAGGGACACAUUCCAGCCAGGCAAAACUCUCAAGGAGGGUGCAGAGCAGUGGCCAGUAAGGUGUGUGGUCUAGGUAGAAACCUGUGGGUUAGAGGGCUGCAUUUGGCCCCCAGGCCUGAGUCUCCCCCCCCCCCCCCGAUAUCUCUGCUGCAGAUGCUGCAUAAUGUGAGCUGGGUGUUUCUGGAGAAGCAACAAGCAAAUAAAUGGAUUCUCUUGUAGAUAAGUGCAGCAAGCACUCUGCAGAGGAUAUAGCCCUGUUGCAUCAGGCCAAAGGCCCACUCAGUCCAGCACUCUCUUCCCACAGUGGCAAAUCAGAUGCCUAUUGGAAACCCGCAAGCAGAACAUGAGGGCACUGUGGCACACUCCUCAAUAGCCCUUCCUCACUAGUUAGACUUCCUGCUGCCAAAUGCCCACUUUCCCCAUCCCAGCCUUCCAGGAAUGCCAGCCAACUAUUGCCAGAUGCAUGAGAGAAUGUGAUGCCAGUCAGUUUGCAGCGUACGCAGAGCUAAUUAUAAUGCCAAGCACUGGCAUUUUCCAGUGUGUUAGACAGAAGGAGCUGAGGCCAGUCAAUGGGGCCUUUGACAGAACGCACGUGUCUGUGUGCCGCCCACCCCUGCUUUUGUCCUAGUCCCGGGUGUGUUGAGUCAAGUGCCCGUUCCUGGAAGAUGUUGCAGAGAUGUUGAAUUACCAGGCAGUCUGGCCACUUGAGUUCUGCUCCUCCCUGUCUGUGCUUCGCUAAGCGCAGUUGGUUCCGGCCCAAACUAUACAAUGCAGGGAAUGUGUAGCUGUUGCCCAGCUGCAUCUUUCCACCAUGUCUUUUCGGCCCUGUUUAGUUAAAGACCAUUUGAGAGGGCGUCACUUUGCCCAGAGUUUCCUUCCCCCUGCAAGCAGCAACUAGUGAUGCAGAGCAGGGGCAGGGAAAGUCUCAAUGUGCUGGCAUCAUGCAUCUUCCUUGACUAAAUAUUACCGAGGAGAUGCAAGGAGGCAGCCACCAAGUAUUCCUUGUAACGUGUGGUUUAGGCCUCAGGCUUCCUAAAGGACAGUGGUGGUCACUGAGCCAAAGGAGAGACCUUGUGGCUCUCCUGCCUUCUGAUCUGUGGUUUCCUGUGAGCUGCGCUGUCUUAGCAUAUGCGCCGCCAGGGUGCAAAGAUCCACCCCCAAAUUUAGUUUAGCCCCCAAAUUAACUUUUAUUAUGCUUAUGUCAGAAACCACACUUAUGCCUUAUCUCUUGUUUACGAAAGGGAGGAAAAAGAAACAAACUUUUUUAUUUGCUCAUUUAUUUACAAUACAUUUAUACGUAAGUAUACAACACACCACACUUAAACUUAUAAGCAUUAUUUAGGCACCUACUUAGGAGGAACAUCAGUCGUGUCAAAGGUGCCGCUGACCCCACUGCUGCAUAGUAGCUCAAUACAAUACGUAACAUAAUAUUUUGAUGUAAGAGUUAAUUUCGCAUGCACGGCACUGUUGUGAAUUACAAGUGCUGUCGUUGAGUCUGACAAGCGCCGCUGGUGCGGUGCGUCUUUGGUAAAUGAGCGCACAAAGUCAAAAGUCCUUUAGUGAAACAGUAGGUAUACGUUUCGGUAAUACCUAGGUAUAUGUGUAUUUUGUUUUUCUAGCUUGAUCAGAAUUCUUUAUUAUUUCAUAACAGGUAGAUAGUUAAGAGCUUCAGCGGCUUCAGCAGUGGGUGCUGGGUGUACCCCCAAAUUCAGCACCCAGGUGCCCCCCACCCCUUGCAUCCCUUGGUAAAGACGGCCCUGCCUGUGAGAAGUGAAAACACUUGGUAGUGUGAGGCAGCUGAUGGAGGAAAGCAAAGGGGCUUCUUUAGGCCCCCUCCUAGAGGAGGAAGCUUGGACUGACAAGGGCCUAAUUCUCACAAACAGUAACCAAGGCAAUGAAACUACAUGUCUCCACUGGACCGUUUCAGAUUCCUCUUCAUGGAAGGCUUGCAUGCCGUGUAAAAGACUAGGCUAGACCCUUUUCUUCAAAACAUGCCUCUGUAUAUAGUAUGUAAGUCCCCCACUUGCAGUCCAGACCCAGGUUUAUACCUCAUUUUCUCAUGGUGAGAGCAAGGCCUAGUUUGGCACAGAUGGAGUUGGGAGGCAUGCUUGAUAGCAGUCAUCCCAUCCUUGGCAAUUCAGGCACCUGAGUUUCAGCUGCAGUUUCUCUGCUGUUCUAUACUUAAAAUUAGUUUCCCAGGGAUAAUGUUCAUUUGCCAGGCCUUUGCUGCCUCGAUCUCCCCAUAGUUUGCUGUGUUGCUCUCCAGCAUAGAGUGAUGUUUGGUGUCUCUCUCCCCCCCCCUUCAUUGCUUACUGACAAGCAUUGUCUUCCUCCCUGUUUGCCCCUAGGCUGCUGACUCUAGAGACUCCCUCGCCAUGGCCCUUUAUUCACAGUGCUUCUCAUGGAUCAUUGGCAAGAUUAACUCAAAGAUAAAAGGGAAGGAAAACUUUAAGUCUGUUGGAAUCCUGGAUAUCUUCGGGUUUGAGAAUUUCCAGGUUAGAAAUUAAACUAUUGGGGAUUGUUGUGUGGACCAAAGGAAGUUCCAGUGCAUGCAGAAAACAAGCUGAGCUGAUUGCCUGAAGGCAAGGCAGAGGCCUUCCAGGGUAAUUUCAGUACAUUGGGAAAUAAAUUGCUUGGCACUAAGCCAGUUGGGCAGGGGAUGGUAUGGUCAUUGCCCCUUGAACCUCAUUCUUGAAAUUGGAAACAAAGGCAGCUGCCAUACACCAAGUCAAAGUCACACACAAAAUUUGCUUGUAUAUCACUACACCCUGUAUAUUGUUUGUUGAAAUGCACCAAGUCAGGCAUCUACUUCAGUAUUGUCUACACAGACUGGCAGUGACUUUCCAGGGCUCCAGACAGAGGGCAUUCCCAGUCAUACCUGGAGAACCCAGGGAUGAACCCCCCUGGGACCUUCUGCAUGCAAAGCAUAUGCUCUACCACUGAGCUACAGCCCUUCCCCAAACUCUGACAAUGUCCUGUGAAAAUUACUUUGGUAAGGCAUUUAGUCAGACUCUCUUGGCACGUAUGUUACAUGGGCAUGCACUCCCUUGUGUUUCCCCCUCUUUCAUUAUUACAUUUAUAUCCCACCUUUUCUCCAAAGAGCUUAAGGUGGCACUGCAUAUUAUUAUUAUUAUUAUUAUUAUUAUUCCCGGCUUCCUUCCCUGAUGGGUCUCAACCAUGCAACAACUUAUCCAUGCCACAACUCUGUGAGGUAGAUUAGGUUGAGAGACUGCGGCUGACCCAAGGUCACCCAGUGAGCUUCAUUCACUGAUCCUUUUCUUUAUGUGCCCUGUUUUCACCUUGAAUGGGCAGUCUUGUCAUUUGCAGUCUCUGUGGUUUCUGUGCCACUGCAUGCCCAGACUGGCAGCAACCGGCAGGAGAGGCAAUAACAAGCUGACCCUCGGCACUUCCGCUGACCCUCCCCUGCUUCCCGCAUGCACUUCCUCUUCCUUGCAGCCCUCAAGGGAAAAAAGAUUUCCCCCCCAGACCAAGAACAUGGGUGCUAAUAUUGGUUUCUCUUGUCACACGCACAGGUGAAUCGUUUUGAGCAGUUUAACAUUAACUAUGCAAAUGAGAAGCUCCAGGAGUACUUCAACAAGCACAUAUUCUCCCUGGAGCAGCUUGAGUACAACAGGUAGUUAAAAGUGGCCUUUUCAGGAGGCAGUGGCUAUUGCUUAUUGGUAGUGGCCUCUGGCAACCAAGAGAGCCCACUGCUCUCAGAUGGAGGAGGAAAAACUGCUAGCAGAAAAGCCGCUUUGGAUUUCAUCACUGACAAUCCAUGUGGGGGUCAAGGAAAUCCUUGGAAAGCUUGAUAAAAGCAAGAGUCGCUCACUACUUUGCUGCCUGGGAGCAGUUUUACCUUCCUCUCUGCUUUUCCCCUCCCAGGGAUGAUAUUCUCCUUUUCGUGUACUUCUGUCCAAAGCGUCUUGCUGUUUCUUAACCCCUGCUCUCUGCAAAUAUGAGUGCCUGACUUAUGUUUCCCCCUCUCUUUUUGGCAGAGAGGGGAUAAGCUGGGAAGCCAUUGAUUGGAUGGACAAUGCAGAAUGCCUGGAUCUUGUUGAGAAGGUAGGCCUCUCUCCUGUGUGAUGGGUUAGCAUGCAGUCAAGCGUAUGCUUCCUCUGUAGACUGGGCUUUUCUCUCUGACCUUGAUCCCAAGUAGCAAGCCUUGUUUCUGUGCCUUAGUUUAUAGCUGGUAUUUUGCCUCUCUCCACCUUGGCUUCUGUUACUUUUAUGGAAAUGGUCAGGCUUCAUUCAGAAGUUAGAAGAGUUCAUUGUGAAGAAAAAGAAGAAGAGUGUAAGGAAAAAGAAGGGGGGAGGUAUGAGUGGAAAUCGUGGCUAGCUCAAGGUGGGUGGGUUUGCUGUCCUUACAUACAAUUUUUACACCUCCUCCAACCUUACUUUAGGCUGAGCAACAUAACAUUACAUUAAAUGAUCACUAGUUACCUGGGCUAUUAGUUCCUCAUUUUCAUUUUUAACAUCAUUCUUUGCUCAUCCCCCUUUACAACUGCAUAUCUACAACUGUUUUUUAAAAUGCCCUGCCCUCCGCACCCCCAAAUCCCAGUUAGAUGUCUUGCUUCCCUCUCCACCUUACAUCCUACCUUGUCACCUGCAGCCAUAGUCUGUUGGCUGACUGCAAGUCUCUCUCUUCUUUGGCUACAGAAACUUGGUUUACUGGCCUUGGUUAAUGAAGAGAGUAGAUUCCCCAAAGGCACAGACAGUACCCUUUUGGAGAAGCUGCACAACCAGCAUGGGGUAAGUGAAGAUGCAUAUAUACACAACACUUGCAUGCAUUUAUCUAUGCAUUUCUAAAAUGUAUAUCAUAGGCUAAUAAUAAUAAUAAUAAUAAUAAUAUAGAAACCAAUGUAAAAUUUUACAAUCCCAAUACAGUAAGCCUGCUUUUAACUUGUGUAUAUUCAGAAUAAUAAUAAUAAUAAUAAUAAUGAUAAUGGGGCCAAAAGCAGGCAGGCACCUGGGGAAAAAGACUUUGGCAAUCCUUCCCACCACUGAACCCAAUCUGUUUUGACUAUGUGCAAUCUCCAGAAAGUAACCCCUGCAUAAAUUGCAGGAUUCCUGUAUUAACAAACCAGAAAUUGGAAGGCAAACUAAAUAAAGCCAACAUCAGUUGCCUCCCAGCAACCAAAACACCUUUGUGGAUAAAAUGAUUUUUAAGCACCCUUCUAAGAAUCAGGAGCGAGUAGGCAGACCUUCUUAGACAAGGAGUUUGAAAGAUAAGAUACCAUUGCAGAGACAGUCCCAAAUCUCUUAGCCCCCAAAAAGGGGGUAGGGAGUGGGAACAAAACGGAACCUUACCUGAUGACCACAAAGCAGAAAAGGGGAACAUUUAGGGAGGAGGCAUUCCUUCAAGGACCUGAAACACAGACCACUUAAGGAUUUAAAAGUCAAAACCAGGACUUUGAACUGGACCUGGAAACAAAUGAAUUGGCAUCUAUUCUAAAUAAUUGCAGUGGUAUUUGAUCUGCUUGGUUGGCACUACUUGGCAGCCUACCCUCUGCAUUCUGGACCAGCUGCAGCUUCCAGACAGUAUUGAGGGGCAGCCCUGUGUAGAAUGUGUAUAUUGCAGUGGGUGGUGGUAUAUAGUUUUGAUUCAUAUAUCUGACACACCAAAGGGAUAGGAGGAGCAAGGUUAAAGAGAAGAGAAACCUGUAUGGAACCAUAGUUUGAUGCCCCUCAGGAAUUUGUUCCAUGCUCUUUUCUCCCUGCCCCACCACCCCACAUUAACACACAGGAUGUGUUCCCACAAACUACACUUUACAUAAUCUUGAUAUUUUAAAUUUCCUCUCAUCCAUGAACAAAGUAGGUGGUGCUCUGUUCGUUGUAUGAAAUGGGAACUACUUCCACUGUGGAUUUUUAAAAGAAGGCCACAAAGUGAGCAAGAGGAACACAGUCCACAAAGAACCAGUUAUCAACACUUCAUCUAUUGGAACCUCUUUGGCUGAGCCUCUGCUUCAGCCUUGGAAGGCUCCCUUGGUGUCUUCUGAUAGAAAAGGCAAUCAAACUGUGAGGCCAAAUUAACCCUCUUCAAAGCAAAGCAAACAGGAUUGCAUAAUGUGUCUCUUAAGCAGAUGACCCUAAGUCUCUUACCAAAUGAAUAGCUGCUAAGAUUCAGCGGGUGGAGGUUUAAAAUUAGGUUAACAAUUCAGGGUAGAAUAGCUUUCCUUGUUCAGUUUACUGGAUAAUGGCUAAAAGCUAACAGACAAUCAGUACUCUGUGAAGAACAUUGUAUUUUAGCAGUUCUGGGAAUUCCAGUAGGCAGACUGAUCCUAGUGGCUUGUGACAUAGCUGGGAUGCUUCAAUCUGAGGCAGGGAAUCUUCCAGAAGGAUAAUUUCUGGCUCAUCAGAAUAUCUGAGUUGUAGCACUGACAGAGAUGUUUGCCAGGAUAGUUUUUGGCUCCACCAAAAUACUCUUAACUGACUGUUGUGGUUACUGUGCGGCCAUUUUGGGACCGACAGCUUAUGAAGUGCAGUAGUACUGCACCAGAGUGCGGUCCUGGCCCUCACUGUUUGGCUUGGUUAUGCGCAAAAAAUUACUACCACUCAUGAUAUUAAAAAACAGCUGCUGAUGUGUUGCUUCAGGUAGUAUAAACAGUGCUUCGCUCACUUCCGUUUCAGAACAACCAGUACUAUAUGAAGCCUCGAGUAACAGAUUUUCAGUUUGGAAUCCAGCACUAUGCCGGAGAGGUAAGUGCAUUUUAGCCUGAUAGCUGAGCAGCUGGCUGAGUUUGGGGCCUACAAGCCAGUGAGCAGUUAGGCCACAGCUGGAGGCUGACAAAAAAGGCCUAAAGUGCAGAAUUUUAUUCCUGGAAUGGGCAUGGGAUUGAGCAACAGCCUCUUCCAAGUUUUAAAACUCUUUUAAGUUGCCACUUUGAGGUUUAGGCCUAUCAAAUAUUAUUUUGUUGAACCCCCACAGAUGAUAGACUUGUUUGGGACCAGAACACACAUUACAGUUGCUGUGGUUUAGAACAGCCUAUCAGUCUUGGCCUACCGGAGUUUCAAAUCUGGUCUGCGAGGCCAUUUCCCCUCAAAUCACGCCCCCAACCACCAGAUGAUAACACUGCUGAAACCAGCUGAUGGGCAGGAGGGCAGGGUUUAAUCCUGCAUUAACUGCAUGCCCUGUUCCCAGGAGGGAACAGGAUGGCGCGGCCAAGGCAGCAGGAAUUAAUCCCUGCUCUGGCUACUGGGUUGCUGUUGAAGGGAGGUUGAAUUAAACUCUCUUGUUGAGAGGCAGUGGGCUGCAGAAUUUAUUUAUCUUUGACACUUUUAUCUACCCUUCUUCCAAGAAGCUCAUGGUGACAUGUCUGACCCCCCUUCCUUUGCAUUAUCAUAACAGCCCUUUGAGGUAGUCUAGGCUGAAAGGUAUUGAUUGGUCCAAGAUCACCUGGUGAGAUUAAUGGCUGAGAGGGGAUGUUUGGACUUGUCUUCCUAGAUGUUGUCCAAGACUCUGGUGGCUGCUACAGUACAUUGUUCCUGUAACAUAGCAGAACAGGGCUCUAUAUAUCGCCUCUGGGCUAGUUCCCCCUGCUCUUAAUCAAUAAAGGGCUUGAGAGAUGCAGAAGGUAUUUGGCAGCUUUGGGUGUGUGAAUUCAAGAGUUUUUCCUCCUCGUUCAAUGCAUCUGUGUUGUGCAUUAUCAUGAUGGCACAUUUUAAUGCUUGUGUUGCAACCUGUCACCUGCAGGUCCUCUAUGAUGUGAGGGGCUUUCUGGAGAAAAACAGAGACACCUUUAGAGAUGAUAUUUUAAACAUGCUGAAAGACAGCAGGUAAGCAACUGUAUUCGAACGAAGCCCAAACUAGUUGGGAGCUACAGGUGGGCAUGGAGCAGAGUUGCAGAGCGUACAUAACAUCUGAACACUUUGAUUGGGGGCAGGGAAGCUGUUUCUUGGACACUCAGUACUGUAGACAGAAGGAUGGGGAACUGGUAUGGAAUCCUAGCACAUGCUUUGGACCAUUUUGUAAGCCCCCAGAGGCAAUUCAUGGCUGUUGGAGCUUUAGCUGCCAAUCAGCUCUUUGCCACAGGACUUCAGGUACCCAAACUUUCCAUAAGAUCCAGCAUAAUGUAGCACUUUCCAAGAUUGCUCUGGACUACUCUAGUUCAUCAAAAGGAAGAAUGAGUGCAGCAUGCAGUUUCAGAAAGAGAUAGGCAGCACCAGCCUGUGCGUUUCUGCCUUUGGAAUUUGUCAGUACAGCAUGAUUGCAUCUUGCGUGCAGCUAACUUGCGUGAUUUCAGCUUUACAUGGUUGAAAGCCAGCCAGUUGAAAUCUCACAAGCUAAUUGCACAUAAGGCAGAGAGCUCAAAAGCUCCUUUUGUGAUGGGUUUUUCUGGCAUGGAAAGAGCUUUUAAGUUCUCAGAAUUGCUUACCGGACUCUGGGAUGUUCUUUCACUUGGGCAGCCCUGCAAGAUCUUGCGAGAGCAUCCCAGUCUGAGAACUUAAAAGCUCUCUGCCUUGCUUGGAAUGUAAAGAUGGUCAUGUGGGCCCAGUUCCAAGGUGGUGAUCUGGGUAUAUGUGAUUUUGCGUAUAUGCAGCACCCCCAGAAUAUAACCCCCAUGCAAGAUGUGAUCAAAUACAUGUUUUCUCAUGUAUUUCAUGCUCCUCUUUGUCUGCAGGCUGGAUUUCAUCUAUGAUCUCUUUGAAAGAGUUGCUGGCUGCAGCAGUGAAGACACACUGAAGAUGGGAACUCAGAGGCGCAGGCCGACUGUCAGCUCACAGUUCAGGGUAGGAGCAGCAAGCCCAAUGAAAGGUCAGGCAGACAUUCAGACAUAACAGCAGAAGCCCCAAUAGGGUUUUUCUUGCCUGGGAUGAGCUCAGCUUCCACACUGAAUUGUGCUACGAACAGGACAGACAUGCAUGCCACCACUGAAGUGUUGUUUAGACCUUAGGCUUGCUACUCUCUAUGCUUCACACAGACUCUCUGCCUUUUCUUUAAUUUUUAAAGUGCCUUGUGUACAUUUAUUCAUCAAAACAUGCGUUUCCCCCAGUCUCUUUUUCUUUUUCAAAAAGUCAUUAGUUGGGGUUUUUUUAAGGUUAUAAGACAGCUCCAGGGAUUGCAGGGAGCAUUAACCAGUCAGUGCUGUGCAUUGCCACCAGCCACUGUAAACUAGCAAAACUGUGUUCCACUAAGCCCAACCUGGUCAGAAAGUUGCGUGUGUGAUGAGAAUGUGGUGAUUGUUUGCCUUCACCACAGAUUCUGUGCGCAUGUACACAACCUUUAAGAAAUGUUGGGCCGCACGAAAUCCACUGUUCAGAGGUUCCUGUUUCCCCAUCCUAUCCACAAAGUUUUUGUAUGACUGGCUGGUGGUGGGGUGGGGGCAAGAGAGAGGUCAGAAUCUUAAUUUUCCAAAAAAGUGACUCCUUUUCAGUGUUCUUUUCUUCUUCUUUUUAGGACUCCCUACACUCUUUGAUGGCCACACUCAGCACUUGCAACCCACUAUUCAUUCGCUGCAUUAAGCCCAACCAGGAAAAGGUGACUUUCUAGAACUGCAACAGACAGUUGGGCAAGGUGGAUGGAGAGCCACCAGACCUUAAAUGAUAUCUAGGCUAGACUAGAAAGUGGUGUUGGUGUUUCGGGGACUUUCUACCCUUUUCUUCAAAAGAUGGUGAGCUUAUAGCCCACCAAAGCCGCAGGCAGAAAAAUAAAUAGGGCCUAUUUAGGGGUAAUAGGGGAAUGUUUUGUGACUCUGGUCUGGCCACUUACAGGGUCCUCUCGUCUUUUGACCAGAGCUAGCACAGAAAGGAGUGGAACAAAGCAUGCUGAUGUCUGAGCCAGGACUGGAUCUCUUUCAGUGGAUUCUUAAUGCAAGGGGUGGUGCUGUUUGUGCCAUAUAAGUCCACGGAGUGCCUUUCCUCUUAACACAGGGUUCCCUACCCCUUCCCUAACACAUUUGAAGAUGCAUCCUACAUAGCAACAAUUCUCUCAAUCCUAGAGAAUUUUUUUUAUCUACUUGAUCUGUAUGUGUGUGUAUUCACAAGUGUCUGCACACUCAAGUAAGUGGGGCUCGUUAUACGAGAUUCUGAGGUUGUCCGUCACAGUGCUCAUGCCAAUAUAAUACUUUUUAUACAAGGAAAUCAUUUCUUUCUUGUCUCCUAUCCUUGGCUUGUCUGCACUCCUUGCUUUGCAUAGUCUCCAAAUCUCUUCAAUCCAGAGGUGGUGCUGAAACAACUGCGAUACUCAGGCAUGCUGGAGACAGUGAAGGUCCGAAGAGCUGGCUUUCCUGUACGGUGGAUCUUUCAAGAUUUCCUCCUCAGGUAAAAGUGGCAGUGCAAGCAAGAGGGUGGAAUUUUGCUGUCAAAUGUGGCCUUCAGUGCUUUGGGACUUUGUGGAGGGGUUUGUGUGUGAAAUAAAUGACUCGAUGUGGAUGUUUUGCUUGUGAAUAAGAGGAAAGCUAGGAGACCUGCUUUUGAGCAAAAAGCACAAGGUGAGUCUGGGCAGGUUGUCUCUUUGUCUCCUAUAAAAUUUGACAAUGAUUGCAGGCUACUGCUUUCGCUUUUGUUGUCUGAACAAAGAGACUUGCACAUCCAUAACCAUUUGAGAUGGCUGGUUGGAAGGGAAAGGACAAAAAAUAAACAUUUCCCAAGCAAAGUAUAUUUCAUUUGUUAAGCUGCAGUUCAGGACCUGGUUUAAACUACAUUUUCUAAGUUUUAAUGUUUGGGGCAUUUGAUUACUCUUAAGAGUUAUUGCACUUCUGUAGUUGGAUGCCAGUUGCUUGUGCUUUCAGACUGACUGGAAAAGACAGUGAAGGGCAGUCAAGUUACCAGCUGUUAAGAGCUUAUAACCUGUCAGCACUCAGAAGCAAAAGGAGACAGCAGAAUAGCCCCUCACAGGGGCAGGAAGCUUUGCUGAGGGAAAGAAAUUGCUUUGUACCUUAACUCCUGGUCAAGAGCAUUCCUUUGGUUCUCUCAGGUACAAGAUGCUCUUGAAGAACUGGGGCAAUCCUGACGGUGCAAAAGCCACUUGUGCCUCCUUUCUGCAGACAUAUGACAACACCCAGAGAGAAUGGAAGCUGGGGAAAACCAAGGUAUGCCCUUUGUGUGCAAAAGAGCAUGUGGAGCAACACUCUGUGCUAAGGAAUCUUUCCAGAGGUAGCCUGGGUACAAGAUUGAUGUGGCUUCUAGAAGUUUCUGUGCCCACCUCUGCAUAGAUCAUUGACCUCUGCUGCACUGUGACUAGGCUUACUGAAACACACCCACCCCAUCCUAAUCCCAGCAACUCCAUUCAGAAGUAUAGUACACCCCUCAUUGCUAAGCCACAGGCCGUGUCUUCUCAGGAGCUUAGGCAUUUUGACACUGGAAUGAGAACACAAGAAAAUGUCUCAGAAGAUGCUGUGAAAAUGUUACCUGGUUUUUUGGGGCGGAGGAGGGAAUCUGUGUUGAUACGCCCCUCCUUCAUUCUUGAUACUGUAUCUUCAUACUAUCUCUGCAGCCCUCUCCUCCCACCCCAUUCUGCAGUGCAAAUGAGGAAGGGACUCAUGGGUUAGAUGUAGACACAGUUGAACUGAGUGGGGUCAGGCGUGCAUCAAACACUCCCUCCCCCCCAAAGGUCGAAGCUGAUUUGUUCUCCCAAGACUGGAAGAAGAGUUUGCAGUGCAUGCUGUGUGCCAUUGAGAAUGAUGGAAUCCCCAGUGAGGGCUGCGCUAUAAAAUCUCGGUGGAAGCUUGCAUGCUUUGCAUUUAAAAAGUCCCAGCUCCAUAGAAUUGGAAGGGAUCUGAACCCCCAGUUUAAUAUAUGGCAUCUGCAGUUAAAAGAAUCUACAGAUAAAGAAAUUGGGGAAAGACCCUUCCUUGAGACCUUGAGGAGCUGGUGCCACAGCACAGUGCUGGAGUGGAUGUUUCUAGGAUCUGGUUCGGUACAAAGCUGGCUCCUUGUGUGUGCUGGCCUCAUGCCAGCGUUUCUUAAGCAACAAGGCAGAUAUUAGUGUUGCAGUCAUCUGGGGUGCAGAUGUAGCUUCUGAUCCAUAACUAGCUUGCAAAUAUGUGCUUAUGCAAACCCAGCUGAAUGAAACAGAAGCAGCUUGGGGGUUUGUUUUUGUUUUGUUCUUAAAAGAAAAAGGACCCACGAUUCCUCCACCCCAGCCCCUUUCCAAAUGUCCAAAUCAACAGACUGUAAUUACAGGCCUGAUGUAAUUUCAUUGCUAGGCACGCAGCCAACAAGGAACUUUGACAAUGAGCAUGCCUGUAUGUAUCUAUAGCAAUAUGUAGAAGAUAAUGGAUAUUAACAUCACUAUAGUGCAUAUCAAAUGGGUAAAAUCUGUUUCACUGAUAGAAAUUUGGGUGCUACAUUUGGGGUGAUGGUAAUUCUGCAUACUGAGCAAACGUGGAAUUUGGCAUUGGGUGUGUCAUGUUUAGAAUUUAUCCAGAAAUUCAAAUCUGUUACUUAUUUAUUUCAAAGCAAGUUUUUAACUCUUAAGGCUGGACAGAUAGGCUUUAAAGCAAAUGAGUGGUGCUUGGUGAAUUCCCAUGUUUGUUGCCAUCUGCCACAAUAAAUUGGGAUUGAAUGGAAACAAAUACAUGCUCUUGGCAAAUUCACAGUAGUGGUGCUUCUCUGUAUGCUUUUCUGCUUCCAUAAUGCAGGAGAACAAGAACAGUAUCUAUGUAGAUUUGGAGAAGGGACCUAUUAAAUUUAUUUUAUUUAGAAAAUAUGUUGUUGUUGUUUAGUCGUGUCCCACUCUUCGUGACCCCAUGGACCAGAGCACGCCAGGCACUCCUGUCUUCCACUGCCUCCCGCAGUUUGGUCAGACUCAUGUUUGUAGCUUCGAGAACACCGUCCAACCAUCUCGUCCUCUGUCGUCCCCUUCUCCUUGUGCCCUCCAUCUUUCCCAACAUCAGGGUCUUUUCCAGGGAGUCUUCUCUUCUCAUGAGGUGGCCAAAGUAUUGGAGUCUCAGCUUCAGGAUCUGUCCUUCCAGUGAGCACUCAGGGCUGAUUUCCUGAAGAAUGGAUACGUUUGAUCUUCUUGCAGUCCAUGGGACUCUCAAGAGUCUCCUCCAGCACCAGAAUUCAAAAGCAUCAAUUCUUCGGCGAUCAGCCUUCUUUAUUGUCCAGCUCUCACUUCCAUACAUCACUACUGGAAAAACCAUGGCUUUAACUAUACGGACCUUUGUUGGCAAGGUGAUGUCUCUGCUUUUUAUGAUACUGUCUAGCUUUGCCAUCGCCUUUCUCCCAAGGAGCAGGCGUCUUUUAAUUUCAUGACUGCUGUCAACAUCUGCAGUGAUCAUGGAGCCCUAGAAAGUAAAAUCUCUCACUGCCUCCAUUUCUUCCCCUUCUAUUUGCCAGGAGGUGAUGGGACCAGUGGCCAUGAUCUUCGUUUUUUUGAUGUUGAGCUUCAGACCAUAUUUUGUGCUCAACCCUGAGGUUGUUGAUAUUUCUUCCGGCAAUCUUAAUUCCAGCUUGGGAUUCAUCCAGCCCAGCCUUUCGCAUGAUGAAUUCUGCAUAUAAGUUAAAUAAGCAGGGAGACAAUAUACAGCCUUGCUGUACUCCUUUCCCAAUUUUGAACCAAUCAGUUGUUCCAUAUCCAGUUCUAACUGUAGCUUCUUGUCCCACAUAGAGAUUUCUCAAGAGACAGAUGAGGUGAUCAGGCACUCCCAUUUCUUUAAGAACUUGCCAUAGUUUGCUGUGGUCGACACAGUCAAAGGCUUUUGCAUAGUCAAUGAAGCAGAAGUAGAUGUCUUUCUGGAACUCUCUAGCUUUCUCCAUAAUCCAGCGCAUGUUUGCAAUUUGGUCUCUGGUUCCUCUGCCCCUUCGAAAUCCAGCUUGCACUUCUGGGAGUUCUCGGUCCACAUACUGCUUAAGCCUGCCUUGUAGAAUUUUAAGCAUAACCUUGCUAGCGUGUGAAAUGAGUGCAAUUGUGUGGUAGUUGGAGCAUUCUUUGGCACUGCCCUUCUUUGGGAUUGGGAUGUAGACUGAUCUUCUCCAAUCCUCUGGCCACUGCUGAGUUUUCCAAACUUGCUGGCAUAUUGAGUGUAGCACCUUAACAGCAUCAUCGUUUAAAAUUUUAAAUAGUUCAGCUGGAAUAUCAUCACUUCCACUGGCCUUGUUAUUAGCAGUGCUUUCUAAGGCCCAUUUGACUUCACUCUCCAGGAUGUCUGGCUCAAGGUCAGCAACCACACUACCUGGGGUGUACAAGCCAUCCAUUUCUUUCUGGUAUAGUUCCUCUGUGUAUUCUUGCCACCUCUUCUUGAUGUCUUCUGCUUCUGUUAGGUCCUUUCCGCUUUUGUCUUUUAUUAUGGUAAUCUUUGUAUGAAGUGUUCCUUUCAUAUCUCCAAUUUUCUUGAACAGAUCUCUGGUUUUUCCCAAUCUAUUGUUUUCCUCUAUUUCUUUGCAUUGCUCGUUUAAGAAGGCCUUCUUGUCUCUCCUUGCUAUUCUUUGGAAAUCUGCAUUCAAUUUCCUGUAUCUUUCACUAUCUCCCUCGCAUUUUGCUUGCCUUCUCUCCCCCGCUAUUUGUAAGGCCUCGUUGGACAGCCACUUUGCUUUCUUGCAUUUCCUUAGAAAAUAUAUAGACCUCUUAAUCAAGAAAACCAAAUACUACCCAAGUGAUGUACAAAUAAAAUUGAAGGUUAAACGCAGCAGAAAUCCACAAAAACAAAAAUAUGUAAAAACAUAAAUAAAAACAAAUACAUAUAUGUAUAAAAAAGUAUGUAAAACCAUAAUAAUUAGAAAUAAAGAUAAAACCAAUAAAGCUUUUAAAACAGAUAUACAGGUGACUAAGUUACAUAUCUGGGUAAAAAGGUAAAGGUAAAGGUACCCCUGCCCAUAUGGGCCAGUCGUGUCCGACUCUAGGGUUGUGCGCCCAUCUCACUUAAGAGGCCGGGGGCCAGCGCUGUCCGGAGACACUUCCGGGUCACGUGGCCAGCGUGACGAGCUUCUCUGGCGAGCCAGCACCAGCGCAGCACACGGAAACGCCGUUUACCUUCCCGCUAUAAAGCGGUACCUAUUUAUCUACUUGCACUUAAGGGUGCUUUCGAACUGCUAGGUGGGCAGGAGCUGGGACCGAAAGACGGGAGCUCACUCCACCGCGUGGAUUCAAACCACCGACCAUAUGAUCAGCAUGUCCUAGGCACUGAGGUUUUACCCACAGCGCCACCCGCGUCCCACAUAUCUGGGUAGGCUUCCUGAAAUAAAAAAAGUUUCCAGCAAGCAUCUAAAGCAAUACAGUGAGAGGGCACCCUGCCAUUAAGGUGUAGCCACCAGCAUUGCUGUCUCUUCUUCACCCAAGGGGUCUGCACCAGAUUUGCUUUGUGUCUUUGUUAGGAAUAAAUUAGAUGUUCUGAGUUAAUAAGGCCGCUAGGGAGCACAGUUGCUUGGGACAGCAAUUCAAGAAGUAGUCCGGCAGGUCACAAAUGUGCCUUCCUUAAAAGGCAUGGGGGGGCGGAUAUGGUGAGCCAUAGACUCUUACUGAUUAGGCAAGGGCAACCAGUCGCAAUUGCCAGCUGCAUUUAGAGCCCCUGCAUUUAGAGCAUGCCAAAUUCAGGGUGAAGUAACUGGGCCCAGCCAGGACGUUUUAGGCUGCUGUGUGAUUCCUUUCUGCAGCUUAUCUUUCAUUUCCCAGCGACACGAUGUACAGUCUAUGCAUUAUAUUAAUGUUCUGCAGCUUGUGCUGCCUUAAACGGAACUGGGGAGGGAGGAAAGCUCAGGCAUCAGUCCUCGAACAAGGGAGACCAAAGGCGGCUUGCCACUAGCAAGAGAGGAGAAAGGAAACUGCUGUCUCUCUGCAUACCAAGCACUUGGAGUUAAUAAAUCAACCUUGGAGCCAUUAAAGAGAACAGGCUCCAAGUGACUGGUGCGGCAGACAACUGACCUUUGACCCCACCAAGAACAAUAGAACUUUCCCUCUCUCGCUCACUCUCAGAGUUGCUGGUCCAUCUGAGAAGGGACCGGCUGCCUCGCUGCCCUUUGCUUGCUGUUCAGGGAAGCAGGGCCACUUGGGGCAGGGCUCGAGCUCUUUGAAGUCUUCGCUUCUCAGGAAGAGCAAGGAAGAGGGGCAACAGGGUGGGUUGAGGGGGCUCUGCCGCCUAUCCAGAUGGGAUUGAUUUCAGAGGCAGGAGAUAAGGGAGGAUGGCCCACUUUAUGAAAGACAUCGAAGGAGCAAAGGAAAGAGAGUCACAUCCCUGAUUAGUGGCAAAGCAGAUGAGAAUUGUUGGGGCACACAGACCACUUUUAAAAAUUACUGUGAGCCACAAGGUGGAAAUGACAAGGAAGGAGAGAAACCAUUGGAAGUAGGAGGUAGGUCAAAUUUAAGCUACAAAAUUGGUUUUCUGGCAUCCAAAUAAAAUGGUGGGGUUUUUAUUAAUUUAUUAAUAUUUAUUAAUAAAAUAUUAAUAAAUAUUAAUAUAUUAAUAUUAAUAUUAAUUUAUUAUUAUUUAUCUUUAAUAACCAAGGUUUUUUACCUUGGUUAUUAAGGUGGUAGUUUGGGGCCAUUUGGGUAGCAAUAGGGGGAUGCCUGGCAUUUACAGAGAUCAGUAUGUUCAGUGUCAGCGGUGCUCUGUCAAAUGUUCAAAAGCCCUCUAGAAACUGGCCAAAGCUUAAUACAACAUUGUUAGCCAGCAUCACUGGGUGUUACGGAUGGUGCAUUGUUAAAAUGCUGCUAUAAUGGCCAAGGAAACCCUAGGAUCUGCUCCAAUGUGGAGACCCAGCCUGGAUUAAAGCUGAGGCAGAGGAUGGAGCCCUAUUUAUAUGUAAGGAUUACAAUAACGACUCUCUGCUACUGUCCUCUGCAUUGCAGAUGGAGAAGUCAGUUGCCGGGUUUGAGCAGUGGGCGCAUUCUGUGGAAGGGCAGGAGCAAUAUCUGCACAGGGUUUUCUAUUGGGGGUUUCAUUGCAUAUAAGCUGCAGAAGCUAAACUUGGGGGUUCAGUGAAGAGGUACAGUACAUGGAGGAGAGGGCUACUAGCCAUAAUGGCAAGUACCCAGUCAAGGCAAGGCAAUGCAAGAUUUGGAGUCAUACAGAAAAGUUCUUAGAACCAUUCCACACAUUACACGGCAGUGAGCUAAGAUUUGUUACCAAGUGUAAAGGCAACAUGUUGCUGCGGACUGUCCUGGCUACCUAAGAAGUGUGCAUGUAUACACAUGUGUCCAAAUGCAUGUUUCCAUCAUUCUUUCAUUUUUAGGUACAUACCUUUAAAAAAAUAAAUGUUGAAGUGGUAGGAGGAAUCUGUACUUUUGUAGAGCACCACAAAGGUGUUGAAGAAUGAUAAAUUUUCUAGCCUUCACCUAGAAUGCCGUAAUAUGGUAUUCUUGCUCCAAGGAUAGAGCUGCCUUAUUUCAGUGACCUUGCCUCUGUUCUUUUAACAGUGGCCUCGCCAACAAAUUAAGCUGGUGGUAAUAAUAAUAAUAAUAAUAAUAAUAAUAAUAAUAAUGAUUUAUUUAUACCCUGCCCAUCUGGCUGGGUUUCCCCAGCCACUCUUGGUGGCUUCCAAUGGAAUAUUAAAAACACGAUAAAACAUCAAACAUUAAGAACUUCCCUAAACUGGGCUGCCUUCAGAUGUCUUCUGAAAGUCAGCUUUUCCUGGCUAAGUGGUGUCUCAAUCUGCUGUUACAUGCACAGGAGCAGAGUGAGCAAAAAUGUUGGCAAUCCUAGCCCUAGGCAGAGCAGACUUUCCAGUUCUGAUCACUUAAAACUCUUGCUCUAUAGUGGUGCAGCAUCUGUAGCUAUUGCUGGCAAUUAGGAGCGUGGGAAGUUGUGUUUCUAUUGAGUCAAGCACCUUGGUCCACCUAGCUUAGUACUGUUCACGCUGACCUACAGUGACUCCUCCAGUGUUUUCCAGCCCUGUCUGGAGAUGCCAGGGACUGGAUCUGGAACCUUCUUGCAUGCAAAGCAUACGCCCCACUGCACAGCCACAGCUCUCCUUUCCUUUGCUGCCUAGAAAACAAAUAGGUCUUCAAAGAGUCAUGAGUUUGCCUUGUGAGCCCAGUCCCUUUGUGCCUGUCAAGAGGCCCUGCCUCUGCGUUGAAGCAUAGGGCCCCUCUUUGUCUCUGGAGGUGAGGCCGAGGUUGAGGGUUAGCGACAUGUCCCUGCCCAGUGAUCCUCUUUGGCCUGUUCUGCUCCUCCAGGGUGUUGCUGGGGGCUUUAUGAGCAACCUGGGCAGGCGAGGCUUGAGGAGUCCCUGCGUGGGCUUGCACAUGUGCUGGGCAGGAUGGAGGAAGGAGUGGGAAGUGCUUCCUGUGCAGUAUAUUUCAAGGGGGGGAUUUCUAUACUGAGCAAUUGUUUGGUGGAGGAAGGAAAAGGGCUAGUAUAAGGAAUUGUAGAGCACAGGAAAGGAAGGGGAAAGCAGGAUGGUCUUUGUGUUUCUCAUUAGGGACAGAGGGGAGCAGCUGCUGAUUGUCCACUGUGGCAGUCUGGACUUUGUUUGGAUUCUUGUAGCACAAGUUUGGGCAGGGGACAACUAGGCAGAGAGGCACUGUGCUAUACUUUUUCCUUGCCAUCUUUGCCCUUCACACCAGUUUCCGCAAGCCUCCAGCUUCCUGCCUCAAGCUAGGGAGUUCUGAAAGGCAUCUGUGAUUUCUAUUUGAUUUCUGCAAAUGCUGCUCUACCAAUUUUGAGCAAGGCCAUGUGUCCAACACUUGGGGCUUUAUAAGUGUGCAUGUCUGCACAGGUUGCGUCCAAAUGGUCUCCCCUGCCCCCCCCCCUUGCGGGCUGCUCAUUCACAUCCCCUAAGCCACACAGCACCCACAUGCUGAUGAUCCCCUUGCCCUCCAUAUAGCUUUCUCUGCAAAUAUUCAUGUGAUCAAGAGCUUUUUGUACUCCUGCUUUAGAACUUCAGUGCAGAAAGGAGACUUUAAUGCAUUGGCAGCCUAAGCCUUUGGUUGCAUUGCCUUCACCUCAGGCAAAUGUGGGAGGCUAGCUAUGAAUGCAGUUGAUGAAAACAGAUUUUCUUGGGGAUGUUAAUGCAAUCUUCAACCACUCAAGUCCUCCAGAAGAAUGCUGCAUUCAAAAUAUCAAAGGCAUUUGCUAUCCCAAAUAUCUGUGCCACAUAAUCCAGGGAUUGUGGCCCAGAGUCUUUGCAGCGUUACAAUGCAUCCUCGGAGUCACCUUUUGGAUUGUGUGUCACUUUAUUGGAGUACCAAUGAUUUUGGUCCACCGACAGCCACACAGGUGGACCAGGCCUAGCCUUCCAUCCUUCUGGAACCUCCCAGACAGGAAUGAGUAACAGACCAGGCCCAUGGAUGUUUUCCAGACCCCACUGUUGGCAUUCCAAGACCUCAUCAUGGGGCCGCUGAAAUAUCUAAUGGGAUUGAUGCAGUUUCCCUGACCCGUGUGCGGUCAUGCAUCACCCACCAGAGCCACAAGUGUAGCCUGUUCUGAAAGCAGGCUUCAUGCCUCCUGGUUUCAGGAAUAGCACCCAGGUGUGUCUUUUAAUAAAAAAGCAAAAGCAGAAUGACCACUUGUUCUUGUGUGCAUUCAGGGUGAGCCACACCUCUUGGGAAGGUUUGAUUGCAGAGAAGGCAAUGAAAGUGAGAAGGAAUCUUCCAGCCAGCAAGACAGCUUGGAGACAGGCUGGCACUGAGGCAGUGAUGCAAAGAAGCAGCCAGGGGGAAAAUAUGUGUGGAUUAUCUGCAGUGCAGGAAAUGAUAUUUGGAAAGAUUCUUCCUCUCCCUCCUCACCCCACCCCCGCGGUGCCCCCCCCCCAGCUUCUUUUCUUGGAAUGGGUAUCUUGUCAUAGUUUGGCCAGUUUUUCUUCUGCAUUUUGCAUGCAGCGCCUGGAAUGUUGACACACAUACCCAGAGCCUCAUUAGCAGGACUCGAGCAGCAGGCCCAGAUAGCCUUAAAAGAUGUCACUGAGCCAAAGAAAGGGUUAAUAGUUAAAAGCAGUGCAGCCUCCUCCCCCCUUUUUCUCUCCCCCUUAAUCCUUGAGCCUGCAGUGUGGAAGAGAGAGAGAGUGUGCGGGGGCUGGGCUGAGUUUGGCUCCUCUCCCUGCACAACUUUCUCCCUUGUCCAUCAGCGACAGCACCCAAAGGGGAAGGGCUGGCAGAGCAGGGACUGGCUCUGGCGCAGGAGCAUAAAAGGAGCCCUGUGUGCCUUGUUACGGCAGGCAGGCAGGCAGGCAUGGGACCUGCUGGUGCUGCCUGGGACUUGCUGUUUCCUCUCUUUGUGUUUGAUGAAACUCCUCCCCGGGGUACCAGGUUUUCCUGAAGGAGGCUCUGGAGCAAAAACUGGAGAAGGCCCGGGAAGAGGAGCUGAGGAAGGCGGCAACCAUCAUCCGAGCCCACGUCCAGGGCUACAUGGCAAGGUCAGUGCUUGAAUCGCCUUCUUUGCCCAGCUGCUGGAAUGCUCCUUGCUGCCAGGUCUCUCUCCUUUCCAGCUUGCUGCUUCUGGCAGGGCUUCCACUGCUUUCCCCCUUCUCUGCUCCCUCUUGAAAUCCCCAUGCAUUCCCAAAUGCAGGCCACUGACUGUGAAGUUGCUUACUUGCCCGGGUCUGUCCCCUGCCCCUUUCCUGUUGCAUCUGUAAUCCCCCUGUGAAGCUACCCUGCAGAGAAACUCCCCAGCUCUCCCUCUCUUGCUCUGCACUGAAGACCCUCAGCCCAAUCUCUGUCUUUAUUUGCCAGACCCAGGCCAGUCUUCCUCACUUAUAGCCCCCCUCUCCAGAUUCCGCUUCCCUGGUGGGCUCUUCUGGGUGGGGGUAGCUGUAAGCUGGCUGGCUCUGCAGCCCCACCAUCUAUCUGUCUCUGCCUUUUCAUCUUGCUGUUAAUUGUUGUUGUCUUGUUCUGGCAAAUUGCUAUGUGUGCCCAUUCGGACAGUCACCUGUGCUCCGCAAGGACACUGGUGUUGCUUUGAGGAAUUAUUGCAUGGGCUGCCUGUAUUCCAGGAUCGUGCCAUUAACAGCGCAGGGGUUGCUACUAGACGAGGAAUUCAGCACCCUGGCAAUUCAGCUUCAUUUUUUAAAAAGUUUCUAGCCUUUAAGGUUGCAAAGAGGCCUGAAAAUGUGUGAGCAGCCCCUGGUGACAUCUCAAACGCCAUUGGCUAGGGAAAGUGGAGGAUGGGAGCUGAGCUGAACUGCUAGGAGGUGGGGGGGGAGGGAGGGGCUCCAUGUGCUUUUUUCUCUUUCCUGUAACUAUCUGAAAAAGACUAAAUAUUGCAUAGGAAAUACUGCCUAUGCAGAUUUACAUAAUAAAAUAUGCAAAUAAAACUGGCAUCUACCUUUCCUUAAAAUAAAAUAAAAUGCAAAGUUCACAAAGCCCUUGGUGUAGUUUAGAUUUGGGCCUACCAAACUAGAAUGUUGAUUGGUGAACAGAAUAAGGGCAAUCUGCCUAGUCUCCCCCCCCCCCAAUACUAUCCAAGGGGGAGGCAGGCUCCGUUCUUCAGGCAAGGAAGUCAAAGCUGCAUCUGCUGCCUACAGCAAGACUUGGCUGGACUCCAGCUGCAGACAUGGAUUUCCCAGGCUGUGAAAACCAUCUGCAUUUUGAGGGUAUAAUCAUGAGCUAGGCCCAGGUCCAGGCCAUUGCAUAUGAACUGGGAUAUUGUUGCUAAUGACAUUGUUGCCACUGCCAGUGCUGCUGUCACCAGAAUUCUGCACCAAAAUAACCUUCUGGAAUUCUGCAAACUAAGAACCUUUGCAUACAGAUUGUUUUAUUUUGCACAACCUGUUACUUUCUGUUAGUUGUAUAAAAGAGCAAUAGCCAUGCAGGACACUGGAACAGGACUAGCCCUACCAUCAGGCAAGGUGUGUCAUUGGCAUGCAGCAAAUUGGCCGUUGUUUUGUUUAUUAUAAUUAUUACAAUUUAGCUUGCCAUUGGGGAGUGGGUGCUAUUUGGAUCUCCUGUCUUAGGCCAUAGGAAUCUUACUGGAUUCCUAACCCCCCCCCCAAUCACUGGAAACCUUGUUCUGUCACCAUGCCGGCUUCUGAAGCCUAAGAGGAUAUGAUGGCAGCACAAACUGUGCUAGACGAUUGAUUCUGCAGAAGCGGCAGAACAGUUUUGAAGCAAACAAGCAGUGUGCUGGAAGGGGUGAUGAACAUGCUUUCCCUGCUGAAAAUGCCUCUCGACCACUUUUCUCCUGGCAGGGCUUCUGUAUCAGAGCUCAGGUGGGAGAAAAGGACAAGGGUGGGUGGGUGGAAUACUGGGGAACAGCAUGAGCAGGGAGGCUCCUUCCAUUUUACAUUCCUUUGCAUGCAAUUGUCCCCUUCCAUUCCCCACAGAUUCUGGAUGAGUCUCCUGGUGUGUCUUGUUAGACCUUGAGGUUUUACCAGGAUUUGCACACAGAUUAUGGAUCUUAACAGCUUUAAGCAUGUGAGAAACUUGUUUGUUUGGGUAUUUUAAAAAAUAAGUUUUAAUUUAAGCUUUGAUUCUCAGGAUGCUGAACUCAGUGUCAAUAUCCAUUUCAAUUCUUGUGCAAUGCAGCCACAGGCUUGCAGAGCACACACAUUCCCUGUUCUUUAGCAGGAGACACCUCAUAGUGCCACAUGGAGUGUCAAACAUAGCAACUGCCUGACUCUUGUAAGUAUAUUUCCUAGAUAAUGCUUCUAUUCCACAGAAAUAAUAUACUAGUUUUUCAUAUUGGUCCUCAAAAAGAAAAAGAAAAGCAUAUAAUCCAUAUUGGAUUCAUGUGGACUGGCCUUAAUUGCACUAAUAAAAGAACCAGACCCUCAAUUCAGGCCAGGAAUGUUAGGACUUAGAAUUUGAGUUUUUUCUACGCCUGCAGAUUAACUACAGAGAAGGGAGAUUCUGAACAUGUACAGAGUGCACAGUCUCAUUACUAAUUAAAGGCAUUCCCCAACUCACUCACUCUCUCUCUCUCUCUCUCUCUCUCUCUCUCUCUCUCUGGUACGGGGACCUUAGCUUCCGUGUGUGUGUGUGUGUGUGUGUGUGUGUGUGUGUGUGUGUAAAAACUACCCAUUCCUCUGUUUUAGCAGUGCAUGGCUGUCUAUGUGGGAGCAUCUGGAAAAAAGACUGAUAUGCUGGGAGGAGGUCAUGACAGGAACCAUCUCUUUAUUGUUUGGAGGGAUGGGGGAAUCUGCCAUUUUGCCUUGGGUUGGGAGGUUCCUUGCCAUUACACCACUCAAAGUGCUUAGCAAAGACAGAGCUGGUGUAGAAACAGGAAAUGAGUGGCCCCAAGAGGGAGAUGCCUAAAGCAUUCUCCAGAAACCAGGUGGGUGACAGAUGGAGGAGAAAGGAAAGCAUGGAAGGAGUGGCUUCCUGGGGAAAUGUUUUUUGGAGAAAGCGGCUGUGGUUGUGCUGAUUCAUUGAAUCUGGCAUCUUGGUACCCCUGGGUCAGAUGGUUUCUGAGGCAGAUGCUGAGGAGAACUUAGUGAGCAAUGGCUGUUGAUUGACAGUAACCCCCACCUUGCUUUCGUUGACUCAGGAAGAGGUAUCGAAGGGUGCUAGCCAGUGUUGUGACUAUCCAAAAGAACUACCGUGCUUACUUCUGGAAGAAGUCCCUCCUGCGCCUGAAGGCCUCUGCCAUUGUCCUGCAGAAGCACUGGCGUGGGCAGCUGGCUCGCAGCCUCUACCGGCACCUGCUAGAGGAGGAACAGCAGCGGAAACGGGAAGCUGAGGAGCAGAGGCGUCGAGAGGAAGAGCGGAUUAGAAAGGAGGAAGAGGAAAGACAAUGGCAAGAAGAGAGGGAGCGUAGGAGGAAGCAGGAGGAGGAAGAGGAGAAGAAAAGGUACCAGGCAGUCUUGGUUCUGUCUCCCUGGCCCAGCUUUCACAAAAUUGCAACUGAAGAGGCAGACCUGUGCCAGGACUGUACCACUUCAGACUGCAGGAGUGAGAGAGAUGUACAUGAUUUAAUGUUCCUCCAUGUAAAGGAUUCCCUGCGUAUAGAAAAUCAGGUGUCGGGGAUAAGGAUUUUGGUUUACCUACCUCUGGUGCUUUAGUUUCCUAUGUGGAGGACUGUGGGGUAUUUUUCACCCCCUUGCCAUUUGAUCAGCCCCCGUAGCCUGAAGCGGAACAGUCCAAACAGGACUCUGCCUUUGAUGUGUUGCUCGUGAUAGGCAGAGUUUUGUAUAUUCACCUCUUUAAAAGAGCAGCAACACAGCACCAAACUUCUGUAUCCAGGUGAGCCAAAUUGUGCUCAGACAGACUUGAAUUUGGUGACCUUUAAAAAAUGAAUUAUGGGAAGUAAGUCUGCAUAUAUAUGUUUCUAGUAGGGGAGGAGCCAUGCAUGGCCCUGAAGCCCCGCCUCCUGACCAUUGGAAACUUUACCCAACAUCCUCUCUGCCUUUGCAGAUUUCACCAGUUACUUCCUGCAUUCUUUUUUGAGCCCAACCUCACUCCUUUAUAGCUGCAAGCUGAUACUAAAUUCCAUGCUUAGUGAGAAUUGUAGAACACUCAGUGCUAAUGAUAGGGCUCAUCUGGAUGAUACCACUAAGCUGGGACUUUUUCCUUUUGGGCACUCCUAUACUCAGCACAAGAGACUAGCUAUGGAGGUUGCACAACUUGCUCUGGUCAAGUGCUGGUCCCUGUGAGCCAGGUAGGCCAAUGUGGUCUGAAGCUUCCUGAAUAUCUGGACUCUGCAGAAUUUGGAAGCCCCAAAGCAGCGCACCUGGGCAUGUCUUUUAGUCUCUGGGCUGAAAGGACGACUAAGCGCUAGGCUGUGAGAUUGGCGCAGGACAUCAUUGCAGGUGGCUGGUUCAGGACUACAAGGGUGAGCGCCACAGGUUGCAAUGCAGUGGUAGUAACUGCUCCCUUCUAACACUAUGAUCCUACUUUCUAUAAACAUAAUUUUUAUGAAAUAAACAAAUAAGGGUGUAUGGUUUCUAAACUACUUUUUAUUUGAAGACAAACCUCCAAGUAGCACAACAAUAAAAUAACACAGCAGCAGUAGCAUGUCAAUAUAACCUUGUGGGAAAAACCACCUCAUUAAAACAUCAGUACCAUGUUUUUAAUAUUUUCUUGUUUGUAGGUCACCCAGGGAAUAUUGAUUGAUCAAUUGCUACAGAAAUUUAAUUUAUUAUUAAUAAUAAUGUGUACAGUUUCUCUGUCCUUGACAUAUACCCAUUUGCAGUGAGCUUUUUAAAAAAAUACAUUAUAUAGGUAUUGGUUUUUUUUAAUUGUGUAUGCGCCUAACACUGUUCCAUAUAUGUUACCACAGUCAACAGCUCUAAUAAUAAUGAAGUGAUGAUUACCAGCCAAGUUAUUACUUUUACCCUUGGAAAAUGAUAUGUGACUUUAGGAAGUUGUGUAUUUUUAGAAGGCUUCUUCUUGAGGGAAACUAUUGCAUAAUGCUUUUCUUUAAAAACACAGUUUCGGAUCCCACAUUAUUUAUUUAUUCUAGAAGUCCAGCCUCCAAUUCCCUUUUCUUGGCUUUGUGGUCAAUCAGGAGUCUUCAGUGUGACCUUGCCUCCAUUCCACUCUGUCCAGUUUCUUAGCUUGUUCCUCAGUCACAAGAGGGGAGAGCUGGGGAAGUCUUGACACAGCUGCACACCUCAAAUUAAACCAAGCCUGAGAUAAUCUGGCUGUCCUAUGGGAAGAGGGUGCCUUCAGCUACUUUAAAGGUAAAGGGAUCCCUGACCGUUAGGUCCAGUCACGGCCGACUCUGGGGUUGCAGCUCUCAUCUCGCUUUACUGGCUGAGAGCCGGCGUACAGCUUCCGGGUCAUGUAGCCAGCAUGACUAAGCUGCUUCGGGCGAACCAGAGCAGCGCACGGAAAUGCCGUUUUCCUUCCCACCCGAGCGGUACCUAUUUAUCUACUUGCACUUUGAUGUGCUUUUGAACUGCUAGGUUGGCAGGAGCAGGGACCGAGCAAUGGGAGCUCACCCCAUCGCAGGGAUUCAAACUGCCGACCUUCUGACUAAAGAGUAUGUUCAUAUGACAUUUUUUAUCCACUGUGAGGCAGCCUCCAUUUCCCUCCACAUGCAUUCUGCAGUGUGAAUUGUUGUUCCAUAUGUGUUCAAUAGCAGUCAGCAUCUGUUCUGAAGCCUUACCAAAAAAACAAACAAACCCCAACCAGCCUUCUGAAAAUCCAAGCCUUUCAUUAAUAUAAUAAUUUCCCUUGGUUUAACUUUAAAGGCUUUGUUCCAGCUCACAAAAUUUUUGAUCUGAAUGCAAAUGACUGAGGCAGCAGUGUUAUUUAAAACUUCAUUGAUUUCAGCAAAUUUUCAUGGCAAGCUGGACUGUAGAUUUUAUUGAUGAGUUUGUUCUUUGUUUUUGAACAGAGAAAAAGAGCAGCUUGAAGCAGCACUGCAGAUGGCUCAGGUGUGUUCCAUUAUGACUCCCAUCAUAUGCCUCUCAUUUCAGAAUACUAAGCAGAAUACGAAGACAUGCUGGUGAUCUUUGUUGCUUGACCUUUCCCUCUUUACAAGCUAAUCCAAGGUACUGUUUGCAGAAUGCAGUGCUAUGCUGUUACGGUGACUCUGUCCUCAGUCUAGAUGACGCUCCACUCCUAUAAAGUAAUAUAAACACCUAGGGUUGUAUGCCAACAGGCAUCAACUUGCACAACAGAACUUCCCUCUCCUCUCCUCUUCCUUGAAGCUCAUCGCACAUCCUCAAAAUCUUCUUCAGAAGGUUGGGGGACCCUCUGGAGCAGAUUUUGGGGGUGUGCAAGGAGCAGAUGGGGAAGUCCAAUUGCACAAGCAGAGGUUUGUUGCAUGAGCAGAAGAAAAGUGUUGGAUAUGUCCCUAGAUGUUGAGUGUUACAUGUAGCUUGAUCCUGGGAACGGCGGUACAGUGUCAUCUAGAUUGAGGACAGUUUCAAAGUACUGUAAUAAACAGAACUGCAUUCUGCAAACACCGGAUACAACCCAUAGUUGUACAAAUAUAGUGGAAUGUGUAAAUGUCAGCUGCUGUGGAAUCCUGAUCAGGGUUAUCAAUGUGGCAUGUGGGACGGCGGGUUUACCUCUUUCUUUUGUGCCACAUUCCCAUUGAAAAAUACGGGGGGGGGGGGGCAGCUGCUAUUCGUCUCUGAAUGAAAGCUUGCAUUGGUGCCAGUGGAAAUUUCCCCCUUGAACCAGACACAGGCUCAAUGGCCCCUUUUUUCAAAAUGGUGAGGGGACUGCAGCUGAGAGGUGGAAACAGCAAAAGACUUCCCCACUGACCCCUGUUCAUUAAUGAGAUCUUCUGGUGGAUCAAAGACACUUCCAUCCAAGGCACAUUUGAAUCCAGCCUAUUGUCACUUGGCUUGGCUUGGAGAUAGACCAUAGCCUUUUAAGCGAGUUGGAAGUGCCUGUGAGAGCCUUUGCUUCCCAUGGUGUACAGUACAGAUGCUUAGUUCUUUUGUCCCAUGAGUACCUCAUCAAACAGGUUGGUUUUUUUUAAGUAAGACCCAUCUCCAGCCACUGUUAGAGGCUGUAUGCCUCUGAAUACCAGUUGCUAGGAUCACAAGGAGUGAAAGAGUGCUAUUGCACUCAGGUCCUGCUUGCAGGCUUGACAUGGGCAUUUGGUUGGUCACUUUUGAGAGAACAAGAUUCUGGAUUAGAUGGGCCAUUGGCCUGAUGUAGGGCUCUUCUCAUGCCUUAGAACAAUUAGAAGAAAUGUUGCACAUGCAGGCAGCAGAGGGAAGUGCCACUUGGCCGCCAUGCAAGCGCCUGCUUUCUCAGAUCUGUUACUGUGACUCCAUUAAGGCUGAUCUUUGAAAGUCUGUCAUCUGUGCCCCUUUGGGUGACCCUUUCUUUCAGAUGGAGGCGCUAAGGACCCAAGAGGAAGACCAGCCUUUACAAGAAGAGGAGCAGCGUCAGAUGGAAGAGAUCCUGCGACUGGAGAGGGAGAUUGAGAAGCUGCAGUGGCAGCAGAAGACUGACCACAUCACCUGUGAGAACACCAAGAACGAGAUAAAGCGGCAGCGGGAAGAGGAGAUCCAGAGGCUGGAGAAGGAGGCGUCCAGGGUCGCGCAGGAGUUCCUGGAGCUGCUGGAUUUUGGGAAUUUGGAUGAGAGCGUGCAAGGCUUCGAGCACUCACUGUCCAACGAAGGGACCCUCAACAUUGAAUGCAGCCUUGUAGCUCCCCUGGCUGAGGAAGAAGAAGACGAGGGCUUUCCUGCAGAUGAAGAGGGACCACCAGUUCCCAGCCCAAGUCUCCUGAACCAGGACAGCAGCACCAGAACCAGUGACAACUAUUACUCCGAGGAAGAUGCUUCUCCGAAUAUGCCAGUGCCUAGGAAGGGAGAGAACGAGGAGGGCAACACUCUGUGUCUUUCCACAGAGAGAUCUGCAAGCCCCCAGAAGGAGCAGCCUAUGGAAAGCAUCUACCAAUCAGCCUCAGAAAUCCUGCAGAGUGACAAUGGGGACUCGGAAGAGCCAAUUUACAGCUUGCCUCCAGAUGUGGAGUCUGACUAUGACCACGAGGAGUUUGAUGGCAGCGGAGAGGCUGGCAGCACGUCCGCUGAGCCCCUGAAUGGGGAGGAGGUCUCGCGCAAUUCCCACAGCAACGGCAUGGACUCCAACCGCGGCAGCUUAGACUCGGUAAGGGCCGUUUGCCUCGAAGCAAAAAACAGAUCCUGCUCUGAAGCAGGAAGUGUGUUUUUCUUUUUAUCUUUCCUGUGCACAUUUGGCACCUCAGUGCUCUCUUGUGUUAACUAGUUACGUGCUCCUUGGGGUUAAAAGGCACUUUGUUUUCUUCAGUCCACAUUCACAGCCAUUGCAUUUCAUCAGGAUGCUUGUGAACACAUUUCUACUCCCUCCCAUCCAUAGGCUUGCCUAGUUUCAUCUUGCAUAACUGUCCAAUCCUUGUGGUCUCUCAUAGGCAUCUCCCAGCUUGGUUUCAUUGGAAAAUUCAAUCCACACUCUUCCUGUUUGCAAUCCAAGUUGCAAACAAAAAAGAAAGGGGGAAAAUGUAGUGAAUAAAAUAAGUCCCAAGACUGAUUUCUAAAGAACUCCAUUUCUUCUUGCAAGCUGACCUUGGAACUUUUUCAGUCUUCCCUUGUCUCAGGAUGUGGUUUUGAAGGUACAGGAUGCAAUAGCUUGGAUGAAGCCAAGAAGUUCUGGGCUUGGGCAAUGCCUGGAUGGGAGACUUCCAGGGAACUGUGUGUGUUGCCAUGAGUUCCAUCAUAGAAGAAAGGCAGGAUAUAAAUAUAAUGGAAGAAAGGCAGGAUAUAAAUAAUAAAAUAUAGGCACAGGAUUUUGUUUUGUUCUUAAGUGUUAAAAUCCAUUGUGUUGUGUUUCCUUUAACCCAGGGAUAGCCCUUGGCCUCCAGCUUCCAUUAGCCUCAGCCAGCAUGGCUCAAUGGUCAGGGAUGCUGGAAGUCGUAGUCCAACAACAUUCGGAGGAAAUCACAUUGACUGCCUUAACCUAUUGGUUACUUUAUCCAUUUUCUGCCGUGUUUGUAUUUUUCUGUGUGAUACUAAAAGCUUACUUGCACAACUGGUGUGUCUGUGCACACAUGUUUGCAUAUGCAUCCCAUAUAUGCACAUUUCCCAUUUGUUCUUCACAUCUUCAUGCACAUUUGUAUGUUUUUUAUAUAUGUUGGAAUAUGGAUUUUGUGCCUGGUGUUGGUGCAUUACUUCCAGCUACAAUUACUGUAUGGGUAUUUGUGUCUGCCAUAUUUACAAGGGCACUUACUGGAUAUUGUUUGACCCGAUUAAUCAUGCACACAACAGCCACCGUCCCCAAGAACACACUCAUUGUAUGAACCUUUUGGGGCGAUCUUAAAAAGGGAGUUCAUAUACUUUAGAAGCUAUCCCUUGUAGAAUGGCAGUUCACCCCUGUUUAAUCUAUUUAACGCCUUUGUGCUGCCCAUAAGGACAUAUUGUUUGUGUGUUAGGUUGUGUGUAAAGUUGUAGCUUUUCACAUUAUCUGCUGCAGAAGGGGGUUAGACUGCCCCCCCCCAGAAGGGGGAUAAUGAGAGAGACAGAAGCUGAGAUGGCCAGAAUGCAUUUUGCUGAAUAUCAGAGAACUAUUGCAAUAGAAAACUGGAGGUUCUUAAAGCAGAUAGUUCCAAAAUGGAAAUAGAGGCCAAAGUCCACAUGUUGGCAACUGAGUAUGGCAGGUUUUGGCCUUUGCCUUGAAAUUACUCACCCACUUUAGAUCAUUCCUGCUUCUGUAUGGUUAUCAUACUGCCUGGCCAGCUCAGCACUCAGAUCUGUAGUGGAAGUGUGAUAGGACUUGGCAGGUUGUGCUGCUUUGUUUCUGGAGCGUAACCAUUCUUUUUGCCUCCAGUUUCUAGACAGUGAGGAUGAAGGGGAUGCUUAUAUGGACACGGAUGAAGAAUUCUGCAGCAGCCGGGUCACUGUGCUCAAUGGAUCGGGGCCAGCCUAUUUUCACAGCUAUCUCUACAUGAAAGGUAAGCAGCUUGGUCAGUCCCCUAAGCUGAGCCAUUUUCCCCUGCUCCCUAAUCCCCUCUCAUCUCCCCUCAGUAUUUGCUCCCUGUUUUGCUGUUUUGUUCUUCUUCAUUUCCAAGAUCAAGUCAGUAAGGCUUUUUGUCAAGGAGGGAUUAGAAGGGACCUUGGUUGCUUUGCAUUGGCAUCCACAUAAAGGCUGUGAUAUCCAGUCCCAAGUGUUGGGUCUUAAUGGGCAUGUUGACAGAUGAUAACAGUUUUUAGAGAUGGAAGAGGCCCUGUUGUGGAACAUGCUUGAAGUGAUCUGGCAGCACUGUGAAGCAAUAUUUGGGGUGGUAGUAAGGGGGUGGAUAAAUGAAAUUAAUGCUUGAUGCUACAAAAUUUACAUUUAUAAAAAAGAUACUGGUCUUAGUGGGGCGGGAGGUGGCACCAUUUGGGCCUCACUUCAGGUAACAAAAUAUCUCAUGCCAGUUUUGUGAGGGCUUGUGCAAGUACACACAUUUACCUCCCCACUCCCAAUUUUACUUUGGUAACUAGCAGACCAAGGUGUUGUUUUUUUAGGGUUGUAGGGGAAAAUAGUAAUACAAAAAGUCAACCGCUGCCUCGCUGUACAUUGCAGUUAAUGCCACUGUGAUAAACUUGUGCAUGCUUUUGCAUGUUAGCAUUCUGUCUCUACAGGAGGCCCCACAUUUUUCAGGUAACUGCUAUGGCCAAGGGCAGGAAGAUAACACCUGCCACUGUCUUUGUCAGGUGCUUGUGGAGUGCAGGGUGGGGACAUUCUGGUGGUGCAGUAACUUUGACUGUGUCUCUUUUCUCUUCCUUGCAAGGGGGCCUGAUGAACCCCUGGAGACGGCGCUGGUGUGUCCUGAAGAACGAGGCCUUCAUGUGGUUUCGAGCCAAGCAAGAGGCCUUGAAGUCAGGCUGGCUUUACAAGAAGGGAGGAGGCAUGUCCACGCUGUCUCGCCGGAAUUGGAAACGGCGCUGGUUUGUCCUGAGAGAGGCCAAGCUGAUGUACUUUGAGAACGACAGUGAAGAGAAGCUGAAAGGCACGAUUGACAUCAGGAAGGCGAAGUAUGGGACACUAUUAUGUCUCUAACCCUAGGGAUAAAUCAAUAUCAAUAUUGAUUGGUAACAGGAGAUGUUUGGGGAAUCCUUAACAACCUGGGCCUGAGGGGAAAUUGUUUGACUCCUUAAGUCCUGUGGGACAUCUUUAGGCCUGAGGCUGUUAGAGAGGGUGGGGCCUUAGAGCCCCUUACCUGAGUGCAAGGGCUAUUUUUAAAGCUUCAGCGUCAGUACUGCAUGCAGAAUGACGCUCUAGGACCAGGCCCAUGCAGAGCUUGUUGGAGGCCUGGGAUGGGAGUCUUGUUCUUGGCAUGAUAGCUUAAGUCUGGCAGGCCCCUGGUGGUACCCCCCAGCCUGUUUAGCCCUCUGAGGCCUGUGAAAAGUGCAACUGACUGCCCCCCACCUGCAUGGGCCUAUUUAGGACUGAUUUGAGAAUUUUCUUGUAGCAAAUUUUGCCCGUUCUUGUGCACUCCCCCUGGCCUCUCUUGUCAGUACUAUUCAACUUGAAUUGGUUUAGCUGUCUCUUUGCCCACAUUAAGUCUUUUCAGUGAUGUUGCCCUUGCAGUGGAUCCUUAUCAACACAGCCCCCAAAGGUGGUCUCUAGGUGCAGUAGGCAGUACCCUCAUUCCCACACCAGCCUGUCACCUUACUUCACCUUUGGGUGCUGUUGCUUCCUUGUUCUCAAGUAUUAUAAAGUAUUAUCGGGGAAACACUGAGCCUCCUUGAGACCAGGCAGGCCAAUGGAGAUGGAUGCCAAACAUAGACAAACUGCCUUUUCAUCCUGGCUCUUCACACUUGUUGUUUUUCAGGGAGAUUGUGGAUAUUCACGAGAAAGAGAAUGCCCUUGAUAUUGUGACAAGUGAUCGAGUUUACCACAUAGUGGCAGAAUCACCAGAGGAUGCCAGGUAGGGGAUGCAGGGAUAGGUGUGUGUUUUUCUUAAAAGGUUUCUGCUUUUUCCCAAGGCGAGGGGUGGGAGAGCUGGAAGCAACACCCCUCCCAUGAUGUUGUGCUCUAAAUAGAGAAGCAGUUAUAAAAAUAGGGAAAGGCAGGAGAAUAGAAGAUGAAUCAUGAUAUACGUGUUAUCAAAUCAUUGUUUCAGUCUUUGUAUGAUGUUAUCGGUAUUAGUAAAUAUAUUUAAUUACUUCUAUGAUGCUUUGUAUACAACUGCAUAUUAAUUAUAGUAUUCUAGACUAUUAAAAAAUUAACCAUUUCAGUAAUAAAUAUAUACGGGGUGUUUUUUUUAAGUGUCUUCUGCUUCUGUCUUUCUUACAGUGACUGGUUUAAUGUCCUGAGCCGUGUGCACAGUGCUACAGAGCAACAGCUGAGAGAGAUGCAGGAUGAACAAGCCAACCCAAAGAAUGCUGUGGUGAGUGGUGGGUCAAGUGGACCCCUGAAACUGUCACUCUUCUGGCUGCCUAGCAGCUGAUGAAGGAUGUUCCUAGGCAUUUGGUUGUCCACUGAGAACGAGAUGCAGGACUAGAUGGGCCGUUGGCCUGUUCCAGCAGCUGGGCUCUUCUUGUGUUCAUCAGUAAACGGCAGGAGAGUUCUUCAUGGACACCCUUUUACAGGACUGAGUUUGAAAUAAAAGGGAGGCUGCCUGAAGGAUUUAAUGCCCCCAACUAGUUUGAUGGCAGGUAUGGUGGGCAAAGGACAUAUCUGAAGCAGGAUUUGGGCAAAGGGAUUAUGAUCAAUGCCAGGAAGAUCUUUGUGGGGAGUAGUGUGUACACCAAGUGUCAUUUGGAGAGGUGACCAACCCUCCAGGACUGUCAACCUCAAAGAACUGCUUAGGGGGAAGGGAUACGGGAGCCCCAUUUUGUUAAUAAAGCCAGAGCAAAUAUGUCUUCAUUUAGGGCCUGACACCAAACCAAGAAUACCGUCAAAGGUGGACUGUGCCCAGGAACUGUAGCUUGCAAAUGGAAGGGGAAGGUGGGCUUUUGAAAUUCCACUCUUGAUGGCAGAAUGCUUGAAGUUGUUAGGGUGCGUUUCAGGGUGCUUCCAGACAGAAGGUGUUACGUUACAGAUAACUGAAUCAGCAUAUCUGAUCCUUGCAUGCCAUAUUGGGGCUGUACUGAUCACUGCUAAUCAGAACAGCAGAUUGGGAUCUAGCAAGACAUGUGUGGGAGACGCAUUCUAAAUCUGCAACGGGAAACUAACCCCAUGCUAGCUGGUACUUUUCCCCUUGGAGGUAUCUUCCCCGAUGCUUCUUCGAUUUUACAGUGUGUGUGUAUGUCUAGAUAAGAUAAAUGUAAGCACACAUACAUACAAAGAGAGCUCAUUCACACACUGGUAUAAGGACUUAUGGGGAGGGGGAGUGCCAUGUCUCACCCCUGGCACACAUUGGAACCUGGUCAUCCAUAGAGGUCAGAGGUUUUUGAUCCACACAGUCAUUCAUUCCUACAGGAGCUCCAGAUGUUGGGAUUACAGUCCCAUCAUCUCUCAUCACUGACCAUGCUGUUUCAGGCUAACGGGAGUUGUAGUCCAAAGCAUCUGGAGGGCCACAGGUUGAGGAAAGUUGCCCCCUAGGAGAAAGUAAAGGGGUGCACUUAGGGACUCAACAUGUUCACUGCCUCCUGGUGACACCAACAAUUACGAAUGCAGCCUACUUCUAAUUGCAGAGCCACAUCAGGUAUUGUUGUUGCUGCUGUCUUCCACAAACGUCCCAAUGUGAUGUACAAAAGAUAAUAAAAACAGCUUAAAAUUGGUUUAAAACAGCAGGAACAAAACCAAAAUGAAUUUAAAAGCAAUAAAAAGUGGAUGCCUAUGUGUGGAUCACACUGGAAUGGAACAGAAUGGUAGGAACUGGAUCUUGCAUAUAUCUAGAAGUCUGUUCCAUUUUUUGUUGUUGUUUUAAAGGGAACCCUGGACGUGGGGCUCAUAGACUCAGUCUGUGCUUCUGACAAUCCUGACAGGUAAGCUACAGCUGAGUUCCUCUUUGUGUGUGCUUUUUUGUUUUGUGAUUUUCAAAUAUUUUUGGUGCAGCAACAAUUGUGUAACAGGAAAAUAUUUAAAUCCAUCUACUGCAUAUUUGAGUAAAUAUAAAUGCAACAGAUAAGGAGCUACUUAAAAUGCCUCCAGCCAGUAUAAAUAUCUCCCAAAUGGCUGUGUUUAUUUUGAGUGACUGGCCAUUGGCUCCAGAAGCUCCUUGAAGCAUUUGCUUUCCUCUUAAUAAAGUCUAGUUGCUGUGGGUUCGGGUUCUCGAGCUCUGGGUGUUUCAUACUUCAGGGAAGUGUGUGCAACUACACACCACCUGCCCUAUGAGCUAAAGUUGUGUGUGCUCCGCAGAGAGAUGGCUGCUUUUAUGGCACAGUACCAUCCUGUGGGGUGCUUUCCCUUUUAUAUUACCAUCGUUUUUGUUGUUAAUUAUUAUUAUUUAUUUAUACCCCGCUUUUCUCCCUGCUGGGACUCAAGGCAGCUUUCAGAUAGAAACAAGAACCACUAAAAACAUUUUUUAAAAAAAUCAAUAAUGAAAACUAUAUACGUAUAUAAAAUCUGUUUAAGGCAUACCAAUAAUUAGACUCAAAAACAGCAUGGCAGCAGCCCUUUAAUUUAAUUAAAAGCAGUCCGUUCCCAAAAGCCUGUUGGGACAAGAAAGCCUUUACGGGAGGGAAGACCUCCGCCGCCGCCCGGCCGGAGCGGUGCUCCGAGCCGGGCGGGGGAGGGAAGACCUCCCGCCGCCGCCCGGCCGGGACGGUGCUCCGAAGCCGGGCGGGGGGAGGAAGACCUUCUGAAGGCGGGCGGGGGCGAAAGUCUUUGCUCCCCCUGCCUGCCUGUCCCGGAGGGCUUUUGAAGGCGGGGAGCAAAGACUUUCGCCCCCGCCCGCCUUCAGAAGAGGUCCAGGACCUCUUCUGAAGGCUGGCGGAGGCAAAGUCUUUGUCCCCUGCCUGCCUUCCCAGGGGCUUUUAAAUUGCCCCGGACAGCGGAGAAGUCCUCCGCUGUCCCGGGUGAUUUUAAAAUGCCGCCCGCCAGCAUUUUAAGAUCGCCCGGACAGCGGAGAAGUCCUCCGCUGUCCCGGGGUUUUAAAAUGCUGGGGGUGGGAAGAAAAGCCCUUGCCCCCAGCCUUCAGAAGAGGUCCGGGGACAGACUGUCCCCGGACCUGGUCUGAUACCCGCCUGUGCAAAGGCAACAAGGAGCCAGUCUAGCUUCUCUAGGGAGGGAGUUCCAGAGACUGGGAGCAGCCACCAAGAAGGCCCUCUCCCAUGUCCCCACCAAGCAUGCCUGUGAGUGUGGUGGGACCAGGAGAAGGACCUCACCUCAAGACUCAGGCAGGUUUGUGUGGGUCAGUAAGGUCCUUCAUACAGCCUGGGCACAAGCCAUGUGAUACUAUAUAGGUAAUAACCCGCACUUUGAAUUGUGCCCCAGAAACAGACCUGUAGCCAGUGGAGCUGUUCUAGCAAGGAAGUUGUCUGCUCCCUAUAACCAGCCAACAAUCUGGCUGCAGCUUUUGGAGCCAGUUGAAGUUUCGGAGUACUGUUCAAAGGCAGCCCCACGAGUGUUAGAGUAAUCCAAACUGGAUGUAACUAAGACAUCUGUCACUGUGGCCAAAUCAGACAUCUCAUACGCUUCCCCCUCUUCCCCACAACACAUGCCCAUUUCUUCGAGAAUAGUAGUUUUUCUGGACGUGGCAAACACUAAGUGCUGCCACAGUUUUAAAGUUGCAUCUGAAGCAGUAAUCUGACUUGCAUCCUUCAAAAAGAGAGCAAAAUCAAUGUGUUUCUGUGUGUGGCCUAACCUUCACAUGUUUUCUUCUUGCACAGCUUGAGUCUGGGGGAAAAACAAACAGAUUUGUGUUGUGGCUUUGGAAAAAUAUUAAUAUUGAUGAUGAUGAUGUUGACGACGAGAUACUAAUUUUGAUGAUGGUGAUUUUUCAGGCCAAACUCCUUUGUGAUUAUCACAGCAAAUAGAGUCAUUCACUGCAACAGUGACAUCCCUGAAGAGAUGCACCACUGGAUCUCCCUCCUGCAGAAGCCCAAAGGCGAAUCCCGGGUCGAUGGGCAGGAGUUUAUUGUGAGAGGUAUGAAGGCAAGAUGAAAGAGCUGGCUAAAUAUAUUGUGCCUGAAGCAGAACACCUAAACAGUACCCUCCUUGCCCCAGUGGUGUUAAUAAUACAAAUAAGCCAUUUGCUGGCCUUUGAGGCAGCCUAUCUCACCAUAGCACUAGUUGCUACAGACACGGCACAGCUCACUCUUCCAAAGUGAUAAUGGGAUUUUCCACUUUAUAAAUGGGAUAUGAAGCUGAUGAUGACCAUGAGAACUGAUGCAAUAGAGUGGCUCAUAACAUGCAGUGGUGAGAAAGCCUCCAGUUCAAAUCUCCCCUCAUCCAGGAAUUCUCUAGGUGGCCAUGGGCAAGUUUGCUGCUUUCUUUGCCUCAACCCCACCUGUUCGUAUUGGCAUUGCAGGAUGCUUGUAAGGAUUUACUAAGAGAAAGCCACCAUAGUCUUAAUGUUCUGACAGCAGUGUAUAAGUGUUAAGAACUGAGGUAUGUAUUCACACCCUUUAAGUGUGGGUUUCACUGACAAGAUACCCAGGGUUAGCAGCAGAGUAUUUAAUCUGAGGAACGAUGUAAACAGACUGAAGUUUGAGGUGACUGUGAUUCAUCCCAGUAAUUAAAUGCUGAUCCUGUCAUCGCUCUCUCAACUGUCAAAAUUCCCACCCACCACCCCAACCAUCAUUCAGCACACGCUUCAGCUGCCCCCUCCCACUUGCCUUAACAUUCUGUACCCCAAACAGUCUCCUCCCGCCCCCUCACUUCCCUCCAAACACAAACGCCAAAUAUGGUUCAUUAAAAGCUCUCUGGGUGGUUAAGUGUUACCUAAACACUUUCUUUCUUUCUUUCUUUCUUUCUUUCUUUCUUUCUUUCUUUGCAAUGCAUGCUCUGAUAGAGAAAUCAGGAAGUCAGCUGGGGGAGAUGGUGGUUUAGACUGAAUUGUGCCUCCUCCUUCCUCUGUUCUUUAUAAGAAAGGAACAGGAAUUUGAAAGUCUCCAGUAGCAUCCCAUUAGCAGGAGAGCAAACUCGAUUUCUUGAAUUUCAAUUCCAUUGGGCCCUGUUGUCCCUCUUUCCCAUCAGGCUGGCUUCAUAAGGAGGUCCAGAGCAGUAGCAAGACCUCUUCCCUGAAGGUGAAGAAACGCUGGUUUGUGCUGACCAACACUGCCCUUGAUUACUACAAAUCGUCCGAGCGCACAGCCACCAAGCUCGGGACACUGGUGCUGAACAGCCUCUGCUCAGUGGUCCAGCCUGAUGAAAGGGUCUUCAAAGAAACAGGUAAGGAAGGGGAAAAGGUGUUCUUUGUGUGCCACUGUGUCUUUCUCUGAGUGUUCGUUGCCAUUCUUUACCAUUUUGUGCACAGCUAUAAAUGUGUGGAAUAUCAUUUUGGUCAUUUGUAAUAGGACACAGUCCUGGCAGACUAUGGGGAGGGUCUGUAUUUUGCAUGUAGAGGGUCCCAGCUUCAAUCCUCAUUUCAAAGGAUCCAGCAUCAGCGCUUGGGAUCUCUGCCUGGGAGACCAGCUGCUAGUAUUGGGAUAGAUGGGACCAUGGCUGGACUUUGUAUGAUGCAGAUCACAUGUUCAUAUGCCUGUGUCUGUUUUGCAUUCAUAGUUGGUAAGGCCCAAAGAGAAUUUCUGAACUGACUCUGUUCAUCCUAUAAACCAUAACAUUUAAUUUGCUGGUUUCUUUGGAGUGAAAUAGCAUUUGUGUCAUGGGAAUAAUGGCACAAAGUGAGUCCUGUGGGGUGAAGUUAGUGCUGCAUGGGCCAAGCCAAUCAAGUGCACAAAGGAAUAUCAGGGGCUUUCUGUAGACCCCUUUGGGUGCCAUUAGCCAGUUUAGAUCACACAGCAACUGCAUCAUGUCAUGAGCAGCUGAUAGAGCGCAGUCAACAUUGCCACAAGGAUCUGGCCUCUGCCACCUCACACUUUUCUCUCUCGCUGUAUCAUUUGUCAUCUCAAUUACUCCAAGAUUGGGCAGUAGUUGCCUGUUUCUGUUUGUGCCUUCAGGCUACUGGAACAUCACUGUGCAUGGCAGAAAGCACUCGUAUCGGCUCUACACAAAGCUGUUGAAUGAAGCCAUGCGCUGGGUCUCUGCCAUCCAAGGAGUCAUUGACAGCAAGGUUCCCAUUGAAACACCCACGCAGCAGCUGAUUCGGGACAUUAGAGUAAGUGCCUCUAACUCUUAAUUGCACAUGAGUAUGAGGGAUGUGGUGGUGCUGUGGUCCAAACCACUGAGCCUCUUGAGCUUGCCAACUGGAAGGUCGGCGGUUCGAAUCUCCAUGACGGGGUGAGCUCCUGUUGCUCAGUCCCUGCUGCUGCCCACCUAGCAGUUUGAAAGCACGUCAAAGUGCAAGUAGAUAAAUAGGUACCGCUCCGGCCGGAAGGUAAACAGCGUUUCCAUGCGCUGCUCUGGUUUCGCCAGAAGCAGCUUAGUCAUGCUGGCCACAUGACCCGGAAAAACUGUCUGUGGACAAACGUCGGCUCCCUCAGCCAGUAAAGCGAGAUGAGUGCUGCAACCCCAGAGUAAAGGGGUCCUUUACCUUUUUAUAAGCUCUAUAUCCAGAUUACUAGGAUCUCCUUAUACUCACAGGUUUAAGAUAUUAAGGCAAAUGAGCUUUCCUUGCUCUCUUCAUAUACAACCUUUUAGGAUUUGCUCAUGUCUGUGUAAAUACCCAGGUAUUUGAGCUUCCCUCCCAUUAUUUGCAUCAUUCUGCUCAGUUCAGAAGCGGAGAUGUCCCUUGGCACUUUCCCUUUCUUCCUGCCCCUCUUCUAGAUAUACAAUUUCUCUCUGCACACACGUUGGAAUAAUCAAAAGCAAGAAUGUAACAUACACAAAGGACAGGGUCUAUUAAUUCUUAAGUAGUAGGUCUGGAUUCUACAAAGGACUCUGAUAGAAUCCCUCUUUCAGUGGGAAUAGUGUGUUAAGGCACAUUCAUACGUGCAGGAUAAUCCAAAGGCUGCACAUUUUUAUGGGAGUCAUAGUUCAGUGGCGGAUCACAUUGUUUGCAUACAGAAGGUCUCUGGUACAAUACCCGACAUCUUCCAUGAAAGAAGGAUAUCCAGUAUCAGGGCUGAGGAAAACUUCUCAGACCUUGGAGGGCAGCUGCCAGUCAGAAUAAAGAACACUGGCUGAACCAGCAGUUUGACUAUACAGAAGGCAGCUUUAUGUGUUUGUUUCAUAGGGAUCCCUCCACUGAGCUACAAAGAAGCACCUCUUGUAAUUUUCUCUCUGAAGUUUGCCAUUUGGCCCCGCCUUUUCAGGUAGACAGAUGGAAAUACAUAUACACUUGGUUAGUUUCCCUACACACACACACAUACGAUUAAAAUCGGCAGAAGGGUGUAGGUGCACAUUUUAUUCAACAACAACUAAAAGCAAUAUUAUGAUCUGUCAGAACAUGGCGUGUUUCUAAAUAUUCAGAAUUCCUUUUGAUGAGAGGGCUGUUGUUGGCCGGACAUACUCUGGAUAUUUUGUGAUAUAAAGUGAUCUCCAAAUCCUUCUAUGGACUUGGUUUGGCAGUUUCCCCUGUUGCUGACCAAAUUGCCAUUUUUACAGUACACGGCCUUUAACUGUUGUUUUAUCUCUUCUGUAAUGGACUGGGAGCACUUCCAUUUAAUAGUACAAUUAGAUUAGUACAAGAGUGAAGCCCUGUAAAGGUAACCUCUACUGGCCCACCCCUUCCUUUCAGGAGAACAGCAUGAACCCUGAAGUGGUAGAACAGACCUACCGGAGGAAUCCUAUCCUGAGAUACACCCAGCACCCCUUGCACUCGCCACUUCUACCACUGCCAUAUGGGGACGUUGGGGUCAACUGUGAGUGACAUGGUGGCUUUCGAGGAUGCUAUGUCAAGGGUUCAAAAGGAAUAAUUUUUGAGAGGAUGGGAUGGGACUGAGGCAGAAUAUUGCCGGGAUGAAGGUCAUCCAGCUUUACAGUGCAACCCAGUAUACAUGUUUCCUCAAAAGUAGGUUCAACUUCAGUGUGACUUACUUCUUAGCUGAGUGUGCACAAGAAUUCUGUGUACAUUGACUCAGAAGUAAGUCUCAGUGGGCCUUACAUCCUUCUAAACAUGCAUAGAAUUGCACGGUAAAUCAGAGUUAUUGUGUUGACUCUGGCUGAAAUCUGAUGCAUAAAAAAAUACUGUAGAAGUGGGAAGAUGCAGUGAACUUACCAGUGGAAUGGAAUUAACUAGCUGAAAUACAAAGAAUUGUGCAUUAAGAAAGGAGCAGAAUCAUAGCCCUAUCAUGUAACUGUUUCUAAUGGGGGGAAUUGAAUUGUCUCUCAAGUGACCUUUGAGUAGUGAUAAUUAUCAGAGGAGUUUCCCUUCUCCUCUGGGUUGUGGGCAUGAGCAAAUGUGUUUCUUGGAGUGAUGAACUAGCAGCUGGCCAGUCCGUAGUUGGAGGACAUACUGACUGCCUUCUCCCUGCCUUGUUGUUUGUGCCACCUCCUCCCACUGCAGUGCAGCAAGAGAAAGGCUAUAGCAGCCUCCAGGAUGAAGCAAUGAAGAUCUUUAACUCCCUUCAGGAGAUCGAGACAGUCUCUGACCCCAUCCCCAUUAUCCAGGGCAUUCUGCAGACCUGCCAUGAUCUCAGGCCCCUCCGGGACGAGGUGUACUGUCAGCUGAUCAAGCAGACAAACCAUGUGCCACAGCCCAACAGACCAGGGAACCUUCACCACUGGCAGCUGAUGACCUGCAUGAGCUGCACCUUCCUGCCCAGCAGAGGAAUCCUCCGUUACCUCAAGUUCCACCUCAGAAGGUAAGAACCAUCCUGGAGGAAUUUCUCUGCAAUUGUAGCUAGCUCACUGACUCCAGAGCACUGAGGAAUACAUUACAUAGCACCAGUCGCUGCAGACGUAUAGAAACAUGGGAAGGCUGCUUCAUAUUGAGUCAGCCCAUCAGUCUGACUAGCUCAGUAUUAUCUUUGCUGAAGGGCAACAGCUCUCCAGGAUUCAGUCCUAGCUGGAGAUAGAACCAGGAACCUUCUGCAUGCAAAACAGGAGGCCCUUUGCCUAAUACUUGCAUCCUUAGAGAUCAUUGCAGAGGCCACCCACCCCCAAUUUACCUCCACCUUGCUUUGUGAAAACUCCAGUGCUUCCUGUACUACUGUCCCUCAUACCUGCUUUCUACUAAGCAGCAGUGCCAAGCUGGUCCUGAUAUUUUUAGACAAAGGUGUAAAUAUUGGUCUCAGAGGCAGAAAAUAGUAAAUAACCUCUGUCCAAAUGAAUGAAAUUUGCUUAUAUUAAGUGAUACAACAUCUUCAUAGGCAGUAGGUAGCCCACAGCUUCUUGAGUUGGCUUGGCCUUGCUAUACAAAUGACACGGUUCUAGGUCAAAGUUUGUUUCAUGACAGAAUGGCAAUAUGUUAUUUACCUCUUCUCUUUCCUCACCCUCCCUCAACCAGAGUAAAAGAUCUCUUCCCAGGCACUGAAAUAGAUCGGUAUUCUCAGUUCAUCACUGAUUCACUGAAAAGAACCAAGAGCAGGGAGUUUGUCCCCUCCCAGGAGGAAAUACAGGCCCUCAUCACCCGGGAGGAAAUGACCACCACUGUCUACUGCCACGGAGGAGGUUCCUGUCAAAUUACCAUCAAUUCUCAUACCAGUGCCGGAGAGGUAAGAACGAAGGCAGAAUUUUCAAGGCAAAGUUGUCCAGGGAAGAAGGGGCAUUCAGCUUGCUUCAGAUGGCCUCUACUAGCGGAAGUGGAGGGAAUAUAUAUCUCUCUCUCUCUUAGUCCAGCCUGUUUGCAUCUGUCUGAGAGGUUCCUUGUGCAACCAAAUCCUUUGUGGCGUGAUGUGGUCUCUCUCCUCCCUUUGUAGGUGGUAGAGAAGCUGAUCCGGGGGUUGGCCAUGGAAGAUAGUCGGAACAUGUUUGCCCUUUUUGAACGCAACAAGCAUGUGGACAAGGCCAUUGAGAGUCGGGUGAUUGUAGCUGAUGUUCUGGCCAAGUUUGAAAGGUAGGUGUUUCACAGGAAUAAUCCUCCUGUUUAGCACUGGGGGAUCUGAUACUUUCUAAACAAGAAGGCCUUCUGCCAUGUUGCUGGUCCUCUGAGACCUUAUGGCAGGGUGCUACAGAGAUGCUGUUUUCAGAGGCAGAUGCUACGUGUAGACCAGCUCUUCUUAACCAACGAACUAGAUGGUAACCAGCUUCUUCCUCAUCUUUUAGACUUGCUGGGUCUGUGGAAGAGGAGGAUGAGGAUGGGCACUGGCAGCUCUACUUUAAACUGUAUUGUUUCUUGGAUGUUGAAAACGUUCCCAAGGAAGGGGUGGAAUUUGCUUUCAUGUUUGAGCAGGUAAGUCUUCGCAUGGGAGAGAAUAAGCAGGUGGGUGGCUGAAUGGGUGGCUGGAUCAAGCCAGGGCUGUGAAGAAUUUGCCUGCAACAGCCCAUUGCUAUUAGGACACUUAGUUGUUCAUCUUGACUUAUAAGGCAAUAUACAUAACUUAAUUAUAACUCCAAAGGGGUAAGCAUAGGCAUUGGGAUGGUCUCUUGAAGCAAACAGCCUUUGGGGAAAAAACAUAUUUUAGUUAGCUAGUUAUUUGCCUGCUUUUUAGUGUAUCUACCUCCCAAGGUUGGUUACAACAUACCAAUGUACAGUAUUAAAAUUCCAAAGUUUCAAAGAACAAUAAAAUAGCAAGUAACAACAUUUAUAGACCCACGAAUAAAAUUGCUCCUUCUGCUAUUCACAGGCUCAUGAAAGUCUCAUUGACGGCCAUUUCCCUGGUCCAGAGGAGACACUGCAGCACUUGGCUGCUCUGAGGCUGCAGUACCUCUAUGGGGAUAUUUCCAAAAUCUCCUGGUCCCUGGACAACAUCUAUCCAGUGAAGAGGCUGAAGUCCAAAAUCCUGCAGUCCAUGAAGAGUAGCGGUCCCAGCAGCCAUGCUCUGGAGAAAAGGCGGACCAGCUUCCUGGAGGGCACUCUGAAGCGUAGCUUUAAGGCGGGCUCAGUGAAGAAGCAAAAGGUGGAAGAGGAGCAGAUGAUGGAGAUGUGGGUGAAAGAGGAGCUGUCGGCAGCUCGGGCCAGCAUAACAGAAAAGUGGUGCAAACUGCAGGGGCUGCUCCAGCAGCAAGCCAUGGUGGCCUACAUGAACAUCAUGAAGGAAUGGUCGGGCUACGGCUCCACUGUCUUUGAUGUGGAGGUGAGAGACACACAAGAAGCCUCAGUAUUAAUCCUUCUUCUUUUGAAAGAUGCUACAGGAGGAUUAUGUUUAUUAUCUCAGUUGCACUUCAUAAGAACCUUCAAAUAUGGUUCCAUUUUAUUACCCCCACUAUUACAGAUUGAGGAUUGUGGGGGAGGGAAUUGAGGUGCCAGCUAAUCGACGAAUUGCUGAAGAGCAUUGGGCUAGGAGGGAGGACACCCAGGUUCAAAUCCUGGCUCAGCCACAGCUAAAUUACCUCACAGCAUUGUUUGGAGAAUAAAACAGGAAAGCAGAAGAACAGAGUAGUCAGACCUGAACUGUCUGGAAUGGCAGGAUCUAAACACAAUAAAUAAAUAUUGGCUACCAAGCCUGUUCAUGGUUGAGCUAAGAUUUGGCAGAUCCCAUUAAAGAAUGAAGUGGAAAUCGAAAUAAAUAAAUAUUUUGGAUCUUACUUUGACACCAUUUUUUAAUUAUUUGCUUUUGAGGUGGGAAUCUUUACUAAUUACUCUGGGGUUUCAUUGGAUGGGGGGGGGAAGAGGAUUGGUUUUUGACCAGGAGCUUUCAGUCUUCGGUUCAGUCGUCCACUGCAUGCUUUUCCCCCCAAGCAACGCCUUCCCUUUGCUAACUCUUCUUGUUUCUUUCCUGCAGUGUAAGGAAGGUGGCUUUCCCAAUGAUCUCUGGCUUAGUGUCAGCACAGAGAAUGUGUCGGUGUACAAACGGGGAGACCCCAAACCCCUAGAAACGUUCCAGUAUGAGCACAUUGUCUUCUUUGGGGCUCCCCAGCCCAAUACCUUCAAGCUGACAGUGGAUGAGAGAGAGAUGUACUUUGAAACCCCCCAGGUAUGCUUCAUGGAACACUAAGUUAGCCUGUUUUGUGAGUGACCACAAGCACUUUUGUGCUGAGGCAGGAUUCGGUGGGCAAAAAGCAUAAGCCGAAAGGCUUCCUUUUUAAAGUAUGUUGCAGGGGUGGGGAACACUUUUAGCUCCCCAGAUUGGCCACAUGGGUCAGAUUUGACAGGUGGGUGGGGCUUAGGAAUCACCAGUCACAAAGCUGGCAAAGCAUUUCUACCUCCCAUUCCCUGAGCAAAGGAGGGUGGGGGGAGCAAGGAAGACGCCUGCAUUUGACAGAUUUUUGGGGCUGCCUGUGCCUGUUCCUUGAGCAGAAUUUAAACGUGCAGGCGGGGGUAGAAUUCUGCUCAGGGAACAGGUGUGCACAGCCAAAGAAAUGCAGGCUUCUUUCUUGCGUUUCCCAAAGUGAUAGUAGCAGUAGGGGUUGGGAGAAAGCAAGGGGAUACAGAAGACCCUUUGCAAGUCCCUGUUCCAGUUAUAUUCCAUUGGCUUCGGGCCACCAUCAGAAAUUGCUGCUAUAUUAACUGCUCAGUGUGUUAAGUGAUCCUGACUGUCCCCUCUUAUCUUAUUAGGUGGGGGAGAUCAUUAAAAUCAUGAAAGCCUACAUCAACAUGAUUGUGAAGAAAUGUUGUAGCAUCAAAUCGGCCACCAGCCUGGACAGUCGUGCGAGUAUCUGGACGAGGUGA